AUGGAAGUGACACACGGUUAUUAUGUAAACUGGAGGCUGCAAGUGCCACGGCUGAGUCGAUCCCAGGCGCCUGUUUGCAUGUCAGAAAAGCAGUCCAGGAGGCCGGUUCAGCUCGACGGGUUUCCAACUAAAGCCUGGCAAAUGUGGAAGGUGAGUUGCCUUGUUGUUGUUCUUGCUGGGCAGGUCGUGGGGCAGGACACGUCCUUGUUUUUCCCAGUGAGGGCGAAACAAAUAGGGCAUCCGGGGACCUCUCUGUAAUCAUGGGUGUCCGGUGGCAAUUGCUUUUAAUUGCGAAAAUGUGGAAUUGAAAAACGAGUGGUCAUUACAGGCCUUUGACUUGCCUACGUAGGAGUCUGAAUUUCUCCCAGAGCGGAUGUGACAAGCUGUGUCGUAAUGCUAUAUAUACAUUGCAGGCGUGCAAAGCUAAUUAACCCAUAUUAGUUCUUUCGAAAACAUCACUUGCUGAUGCUGUUGUUGUUUGCUCCUGCGUAAUCUCACUUCUCUCUGCACCCCUCAAAACGGAAACCCGGGGCCGGAUGGAGAUUUCAACCCCCUCCCAACCACCGCAUUCAGUAUUCGUAACCAACAGUUGGGUUGGCACCGAUCCUGGACAGUGUUAGAAAUUAGCCAGGUGCGUUUUGCGACUGUUGUGGGUCCGAUGGCGACCACCUGGGGAAUCUCUGGUUGGCGACUUGGGAAAUAAAAAAUGUCACUUGGAGAAGGAUCUGAACUAUUUACCUUGAAGAUUGACUUUCUUUUAUUCUGGAUUGUUUUAUUGGGUGGUGUUGUAAACUGCUUUGAGAUUUGUUCUUUAAAAUAUAAAGUGUUAUUGAAAUGAAAAUAAUAAUAAUAAUCCACAGCAAAAAAAGGUGCCUAGGCACCACCUACAGUGGUGACUGUAACCUGGGUUUAAGGUGCCGUUUGGUGAUUAGAUUAUAUAUCUGAGUUUCGAACACUGCUGAUCUAGUGUCUUUGCAUGAGUAGAGCUUUCUUCAGAAAGCAGUAAUCAAACUGCUCUUGCAGAGGAAGCCCAGUUACAGCUUUUUGGACAGGAUCCAUGCAGCCCUGACAGCUGAGUUGGACAGAGGAACCUCACACUUGCCUGCUCAGUUCAUUAUCAAGCCUUCCACCAGCUUUGGUUGGUGGCCCAGCUGCACCCCUCUCUGGGCAGGGACAGCCUAACUACUGUUGUCUACACUCUGGCAACCUCAAGGUUAGAUUAUUUCAAUGCAUUAUACGUAGAUAGUGCAGAAUUCAGCGGCCAGGUUGCUUGCCGGAGCAAGACGGUUUGAGCAUAUUACACCGAUCCUGGUCCCACUGCACUGGCUGCCAGUUAGAUUCUGGGCCCAAUUCAAAGUGCUGGUUUUGACACUUAAAGCCUUAAACGGCUCAGGACAGCAGUGCCUCAAGGACCGCCUCUCUCCAUAUGAACCAACCCAGAUCCUAAUCUGAGGCCCUUCUUUGUGUGCCUCCUCCAUGACAGGUCCGGAGGGUGGCAACAUGAGAACAGGGCCUUUUCUGCAGUGGCUCCCUGUUUGUGCAAUUUUCUCUCCUGGGAAGUUUGGCUGGCACCUCUAGGUGCCGGGCGAAAGCGUUCCUCUUCAGCCAGGACUUUGGCUGUUUAAAUGUCUUGUGGGAGGGGAGUUUUUGCUUUUUUGUUUUUAUUACCUAUUUUGUGUUUUGCUUUUUUUAACUUGCGUUUUUGUGUUCUGAACCGCCCUCAGAUCUAUGGAUGGAAGGUGGCCUGCAAAUUUAAUCAGUGACAAUAAACUAAAGCUGGAAUGUAUGGGCCCACAGAGUCCUAUCACUGCGCCCACAUUUGGUGCAGAAUGUGUGCAUUGCUGACAGUUUCUCCUGCUUUCAGUUGUACCUGUGGACCCUGAAAGGUUAGGGACCCUUGAGUUAGAAAUUUGCUUCCCUGUUGACCCUAGCUGCAUGUGGGAGUCUGUUUCUAAAACAUGCCCUACUUAACUUCAGAUGACACCUCCAAAACAAACCAGUUCAUGGGGAAAGGAUUUAGCUCAGCAGUAGAGUGGGUUCGAUCCCUGGGCAGGGUGAGUGCCAAAUUGUAGCUUCAGAGGGCAGGAACGGGAGAUGUUGAGUCCAGCCCUUGGGGAGAUGCCGCGCGGUCACUAGGCUGUGGAUGGGAAAGUGAUGUGAUCCCAGCAUCCCUGACUGUAUCCUCGUGGUAGCCCUUCAGGAAGAGCAUUGGCCUAUCCAAUAUUCUGGCGUGGUGUUUGCUGGGAGAACCCCAGGACGAUGGCUCUGGUUAACUUCAGCAUCCCAUGCAGAGGUUGCCAUUGGGGCAUCACACGACUUUGUGUUCUCCAUGGCAACCGUGUGGCUGUCUCCAAUAUCCAUCAGUCCCACCCUUCGUGCAGGGGAUAUGAUGGGUGGACAGCGGGCAGAGGGGUGGCAAUGACUUCCCUUGUUGGUUAUACGUACAAAUUUAAUAAAUAAUACAGUGGUACCUCUGGUUGCGAACGGGAUCUGUUCCAGAGGCCCGUUCGCAACAUGAAAGGAACGCAACCCACAGCGGCGUGUCUGCGCACGUGCGGGUUGCGAUUUGCCGCUUCUGCGCAUGCGCGUGACGUCAUUUUGCGCUUCUGCGCGAGCGGCGAAACCCGGAAGUAACCCUUUCCGGUGCUUCUGGGUCGCUGCGGGACGCAACCUGAAAAAACGUAACAUGAAGCUAACGUAACAAGAGGUGUGACUGUAAUAAUAAAAUAAUUUGGCUGGUUUGGGCCAGAGUGUAGCCCACUGGAUCUGAUGAACUGGUGCCGCGUAAUGCUCGUUUUUUGUGUGUGUGUGUGUAUGUGGCACAAUGUAAACUUAGCAACUCCUUGCCUAUUGACAUUAGGCAGAUGCCUUUGCUGUUCUCUUUUGGGACGCCUCCUUAAAACAUUUUGGUUUGGGCAGGCCUAUCCAGACAUGUGGGACGCGGGUGGCGCUGUGGGUUAAACCAUAGAGCCUAGGACUUGGCGAUCAGAAGGUUGGCGGUUCGAAUCCCCACAACGGGGUGAGCUCCUGUUGCUCGGUCCCUGCUCCUGCCAACCUAGCAGUUCAAAAGCACGUCAAAGUGCAAGUAGAUAAAUAGGUACCACUCCGGCGGGAAGGUAAAUGGCGUUUCCGUGCACUGCUCUGGUUCGCCAGAAGCAGCUUAGUCAUGCUGGCCACAUGACCCGGAAGCUGUACGCUGGCUCCCUUGGCCAGUAAAGUGAGAUGAGUGCCGCAACCCCAGAGUCGGUCACAACUGGGCCUAAUGGUCAGGGGUCCCUUUACCUUUACCUUUUAUCCGGACAUGCAGUUGUUGAUUGUGUUUUAAGCUCUUUGGUUGCUGGUUUUAAGUAUCUGAAAAUGUUUUUAAUUUUUGUCAUUUUUUUAAAGGUAUUUUUACUAUUUUGUGUAAACUGCUUAGAGGUUCUGUUUCAAUCUAAUGGUACGUACAAUUCUUUAAAUAAACCAGGGAUGUAGCACACGGAGGGUGACCUCUAACUUUGGACCGCAAGGGGGGUCCAAUUUGGUCCGUAAGUUCGUUUCACAGGGCGAUUUGCAAAGAUGGAAGAGGUGUGUGGUUCGUUCCUGCUGAUGAAGAAGACCUCUGAAGAUGAGCAGAGAGUUCAGUCCUGCCUGCUGCUUCACUGGCAUGUUGUCUGUCGGUGGGCAUAUCGAAACAUAUCGCUGGGAUUCCCGGUGUCUCGUAGGAGAUGGAUCUACUAACUUGUUUUCUUCGCUUGGAAUCGAAACGUGCCCAAAUUGCCUUUUCCUUCUUUUUUCUCAGCAUCUUCUCUCCCACAACAAAACUCCACCCAGCUGUGAGUCAUUCCAAAACUUAACAAAUCCCUGAUUUAGAUAAGUUUUAAAAAAUGAAGCAAGCAUAGAAUGAAAUUAUACUUCUCUGCUUCACCAAGUUUAAAUUACAGAUAUUUAGUAAAACGGGUCGAGCUCUUUGAUUGGAGCGAACCGCCGAAAUACGAAAUCGGACGGGUUGUUGUGAAGCUGUAUUAAGUUUAGACUGAAGGCAAAUUGUGCAUUUGGCUAGAUGUCUACUGGUUACAGAAUUAAAGGGAAGAAAAUCCCUGUAACACCAGGAGACUUACUGAACAAUCUGGAACAAAACAAAGCCCUUGUGUUCUGUGGAUUGUAGCUGCCUUUCUAAAUUGUGAUUCCAUUGUGCCUGGCAGAUACCAGUUUUUCAACAUUGUGGUAUAUCACCAGCUAAACAUCGCGAUACACCGAUAUAUCACGAUGUCUGAAAUAAGGAUGGAGCUAUAUAGAGGCAGUGGCUGGCUUCACGGUUUUUCCAGCGUUGUGAUUUUUGCAUGUGAGACUCAGUUUAGCCAAGGAUUCUUAAAGCGCUGUGCAUAAAAAUGCUUAAUGUCCGCACAUAAUUAAUAAACAAAUGGCACAGAGGAUGAUUUGGUUGACUAACUCGUCUGCCUGUUUUUCUGUUUGUUCAUCUGUAAAUGCAAAGCUGGUGGAAGUGGCAGCGGCAGCAAAAAAAAUAGAAUUGGUGAAGCUGGUCACAGUUGUUGUUCCCUGAAUGUUGUGGACACGGGUUUCAGUGUCUGUAUCCUGGUUGAGGUAACUUGUAACAAAUCGAUGAGCAAGAGCUUCUUUCACCUGUUCCUAGGGGGAAAGAAAAGGUGGGGGAUUUUUUGCAUUAGUGCCGUUAUUUCAGUGAAUUAAGAAUAAAGACCAUCUGGACACAGUGUUAGAAACUCAGAUAUACAAGCUAGGUAUCAAAUGGCUCCUUAAACCAGGGCUGCAGUUGCCAAAACGGAACAUCUACUUGCCAUUUGGGGGCCAGACGUCAAAGUGCAAGUAGAUAAAUAGGUAAACGCCUUCGGCGUUUCCAUGCGCUGCUCUGGUUUGCCAGAAGUGGCUUAGUCAUGCUGGCCACAUGACCCGGAAGCUGUACGCCGGCUCCCUCAGCCAAUAAAGCGAGAUGAGCGCUGCAACCCCAGAGUCGGUCACAACUGGACCUAACGGUCAGGGGUUCCUUUACCUUUACGCCCUUGCUAUGCCGUUGUGGGUCGUUUGUUCUUGGGACAGGGGCCCAGUAGGAAUUUUCCCAUUUGGCUGAUUAGCUGGUGCCACUUGGGUUUAGCCUGCCGCGUAGCAAAUCGCCAUAAUUUUGUAAUGUUUGGUGGUUAGGCAUCGGUUCAAUGUAGAGGGUAGGGUAGGUUGUCAUACCUGCCCCUCCCAGUGUGCGAUAGGAUAUUCCAUUAAAGGAAUCCAGGGGCUCGCCAUACUUUUGUCCGAUCCCCUUCCAAGGAUUAGGGCCACGCCAGAGCACCUGGGAGCAUUUCGAGGUGAGGUUGCGUCUGUGGUAGGACCAAUGCUCCCCCAGUAUGUUUACCCUUACUGACUUCUGCCGGUGUCCAGUUGUCAGUGCUGCCCUGCCAGAGGUGUAGGCGCAGCUAGUCGUACCAAUGCCUAAGCAAACCACUCACAUUCCGUAAUCAAUAAAGCUGUGGCCAAAAUUAUGCCAAUAACCUUGAACUAAUAUUGGUGUCAACUGUGUCUGUCUUUGGGAGGUCUUGGGGGGUCUUCAUACGUAACAGUUGUACAAUGCUGCAACCCUGGUGUAAGUUACGUGAAGUGCUUUGAACAAUUGUUCUCUAUAAAUAUCACAUAUUAUCAUUAUGCAGUGGACGCUCGGGUUGUGAACAUGAUCCGUGCGGGAUGCACGUUCGCAACCUGCAGCUUUCGCAACCCGCGUCUGUGCACACGCGGGUCACGAUUCGGUGCUUCUGCGCAUGUGCAACCAUCGAAACCCGGAAGUAACCUGUUCCGGUACUUUUGGGUUUUGGCUGUCCGCAACCCGAAAAAACGCAAUCUGAAGCGGCUGUAACCCGAGGUAUGAUUGUAUCUAUUUUUAAACGAUGCUUUUAAAAAUGCCAAGAAUAUCGCAGAUACAAAACUAAUACUCUAAAGAACAGGAAACCGUACAAUAAUAUGGUAUAUAAGACAGUGGAAAGAUUUUUGAAUCGUUGAUUUUUAAAAACAUGAUUUGAAAGAUCUCAAGGGAAAAGACCUGAUUUAGACUUUAGCCUUAAAUCAGGUUUCCCAUUUUGCAAUUCCUAUAUUUGCUGGAUAAGCACGCAUGCCAACUGAUUGCUUUCGCAUAAUGGUUUGCAACUAAAUACAGCCUUUAGUAUAACCAAGGAGCUUAAUCGCUAAACCUUUGCUCUUGCAACCGACAUGCCUUUUGCAGAGCAGAAUUAAGCCUGCUUAGGAAAAAGAGGCAGAUUUGUUUGUGACGACCCCCUGUUCACAUGCGAGGAAGCAACUUCCAUUUGAUGGUUGGAGCCCCACAAUGCACAAAAGAUUCCUGCAUUGCAGAGGGUUGAACUAGAUCAGGGGUAGGCAACCUAAGGCCCAGGGGCCAGAUCCAGCCCAAUCGCCUUCUCAAUCUGGCCCGUGGACCAGCAUGUUUUUACAUGAGUAGAAUAUGUCCUUUUAUUUAAAAUGUAUCUCUGGGUUAUUUGUGGGGCCUGCCUGGAGUUUUUACAUGAGUAGAACGUGUGCUUUUAUUUAAAAUGCAUCUACGGGUUAUUUGUGGGGCAUAGAAAUUCAUUCAUUCCCCCCCCCCAAAAUAUAGUCCGGCCCAUUUUCAAUUUCCCCCCCAAAAUAUAGUCACAUGGUCCAAGAGAUGGUGGACCAGCCCACGGCUGAAAAAGGUUGCUGACCCCUGAACUAGAUCAGGGAUCAGCAAACUUUUUCAGCAUGGGGCUGGUCCACUGUCCCUCAGACCUUGUCGGGGUGCCGGACUAUAUUUUGAAAAAAUAAUAAUGAACGAAUUCCUUAUAAGCCAGUUUGUGGUGUGGUUGUUUUGUUGCGUCCAGUCCAACUCUACAAUUCUAAGAUUCUAAGGCUAAACUUCCAUUCCUGGGCUGCUUUGUCUGGGAAGAAAGACCCCUCUCCAAACAUGGUUAGAUUUACUCCCAGCAAAAUGCACAGGAUUUGGCUGCAGGUGUUCAGAAACGUCCAGAACGAAGAGAAAGUCACUAUUGCCUUUUAAAAUGUGGCUCUUUUGGGGGGGGGGGAUGUGUGUUAUUGGGUGGUUGUUUUUAUUUUCAUUUUAUAUAUUGUGGUUUUUAUUUUGGUCUUUGCUGUGAACCGCCCUGAGACGUCCGAGUAUAGGAUGGUAUGUAAGUUCAAUCAAUUAAUCAGUCAAAUAAUGGAAAAAAUAGGUAAAACAAUAGUACCAAACCCUGGGUGAAUUGGUUAAAAUGUAUAAAAAAGGGAUCUAAAAUGUGUUGGAAGUGACAAGAAGCAGAGGGGACCUUCCUACAUAUGUGGUGGGGAUGUAAGAAACUAAGGGAUAUCGGGAGAGAAUGGGAAAGGAUUUCUCUUCUGCCUCCGUUUGAAGCGAAACUCCCCAGCUUGUGUCUGAGGGAUCAUGUUCAGAUCAGGUAGACCAGUGGUUCCUAACCAUUUUCUGGCCGUGCCCCACCUAAGCAUCUCUAAAAUCCUCAUCUCCCCACCCCCGUGACAUAUAAUUCUUCUUAUUGAAAAAGUGAACUCCUCUUCACAUGGAAGAAGCCUAAAAGGCCAUUAACUGUUAAUAACUCGUUCUCGAACUGCCCCCCUUAAAAAUCGAAUUGUCUCCCGGUGGUGUGUGCGCCCCACAUUGGGAACCACGGAUGUAGACGGUGUGGGUUAGAUCCCAUGUUUUCUAUGAAUCUUUCAGAGCAUCUGUUUACUCCUUAUUUACUCCCAGUGGCCCUGAGUUGGAGGAAAGCACAUUCUCGCUCCAUCCGUCACCCAGGAAAACAAGGACUACUGGCUUGUGUGUGUGUGUUGUGUACUUAAAGGCAGGGAGGUUCACCUACCCAGUUUAGAUGGCACUGCUGAUAUUGGAACCUGAAUUUACUGCCUCUCCCCUUCCUUCACUAACUUAUUUUUUAAUAAUAACAGUAAUUCACAAUGUGGUGUUUGAUAGACAAUAAUGAUUCAGUCUUUCGUAAUUGUAGGCUUCAGCACAUUUGUUCUACAUUCAGAAUUUCACUUAAGACUCCUUAUAUAUAUAUUAAAAUAGACACACUAUAAUAUAUAUUUUUUUAAAAAAAUCUGUCUUAAUUUUUUUUAAAGCUGAUUUAAAAUUACAGAUUUUUAUCUGCAAUUAAACCCAAAAAGUAUUUGUUCUUUCUACACUAGCCGUGACCUUUCAUGUUGAAAUGUACCCUACACAUGAGUAAAUACUAAGAUUUAAGCUAAAGAAGGGAACCGUACACAUUCAGGAUACUGGAUGUGAUUUUAAUUAUAUGUUGCUAAGUUUUUAAUUCCUUAUGCCCACCUGUAGAUGAAAACUAGAUUUUCUUUCAUCUUCACGCUGCAAUAUCUGGCAUACUAUGCAGUCAUCAAUUUACUUUUUUUAAAUUAAAAUUGCUGUAAAUGAGACUUCUUUAGCUGUUUUUUUAGACGGAUGCUACAACCACUCCUGGCUAGUUUCCAAAGAGCAUACUUGAGGUUUUGGGGUGUUAAUACGUCGAUAUAGGUUACCAGGAACUUCGGUUAUAGGUUACCUAUAACAUCCUUCCAACUUAAUGGGAUUCCAAUUCAUCUUUGUUGACCAGUUCUGUUCAUUUCAGUGGGACUUCUCCAACAGAUUUCCCCUGUGUUUAGCAUCGUAUGAGAAUAUUCUUAACUAAAAAUAAAUAAAUAAAUACAGAGUUCUCCUAACCUUAAGCCUUCUCCCCGCACACCCCCAAGCUCUUACGCCAAGGUAUAUGAAAAUAUUACUUAAAUAAUAUUAUUACCUUACUCCUUUAGCUUGUUGAGAAGCUGGGUUAUGAACAGAAAGCAGCCUUUCAGUUCUAGGUGGACCAGCUCCCAGGCGCAGCGACUCUGCUGGUUGGCGGCUAGGAAACUGUUCAUUCUUUGAAAGUAUCGCUUGACUUUCAUGGGCGGAGGAGAUGGUGCCGUGUUGGCAGAGUUUGCCAGCUUUCCUCCCUGCGUUUCUUUUGCACACGCCUCCAGCUGUUUGGUUUGCUGGUAAAGGUCGCUUCUCAAGGAUUCGAGACACGUCGCGUUCCAGGCGCCCCAAGGAUGGUCUUUGCCGAGAACGUUGAGGCUCUGCUGGAGAACCUCGCGGACGAUGAUGACGGCGCCAUCGCUCUCCAGAGCGUUGAGAGUUUUCAGAGGGAACCUGAAGUCCGUUGUCUCAGAUAUGCAUUGCAGAGGGAAUUGUCCAGCCAUCCUGCAGAGGUGGUUCAAGUUGGUCUGGAUCAUUUGGUUCCACUGGGUGUGGAGCACAGGGCAUUUGGAAAGGGGGCUGGAUUGGGCGAGUUUGCCGGAGAGCACCAGCACGAGACAAACGCUUAAGCCGUUCCCACCAGUAGUGAAGCCCAUGAUGAACCAAUGGCUAUAACUACCUUAUCUUCCUGGAGUCUCUUUAAAUAUAUUUCGGAACACCUAUAAAAAUCUGCCAUCCUGAAUUCAUUCAACAUGAGACAUUUGUAUUAAUCAUGAUAUGAAUUUUCCCCACCAUCAAGAUUCCAAAUGCCUUUGAGGAACAUGAUUUGGUUGCUUUCAGUUUCGUUCAAGGAGUUUUAAUUAAAAUAUGAGGUUUUGUUUUGUUUUGUUUUUUACUACCUUCUUACAGAAAACUUAGCAAAGUUUCAAGCGAACCAUAGCCCUUCUUUUCUCUUCUUUCUGUUUAUAAUAUUCUAAAUUAAUUUCCAGUGCCUUCUUAGAAUUAGAAAAUAAACAAGAGUUCAGCAUUAGCUCUUUCCUAAAAUCUGAAGAGAUUUCCCAUCUCAUAUGUCUACAUCCUUAAAAGGUCCUUAUCUGUUUAUUCCUUGUUUAGUUUAUACUUUUAUAAUGCUGUUAUUCAGGCAAACUGUUCCCAGUUGAUAAGAACACUAAAAUAACAAUAAAAUUAAUCUUAAAAUCAUACUAAAGUGGUCAAUAAGACAACAGGUUAGAAUAAAACCCAGAAGUCUGGGAGAAUAGGGAACUAUUUUCCUAGCACCAAAGAGAAAGCAUGAGCCUUUGAUGAGCGGGAUUUGCAAUAGAUCACUACUGCAAAGGGUUUUUCUCUGGUUACCUUAAAUGCCCUUGGAUAGCUCAUGGGAAAAUACCUCCAUUUUUUAUUUCUUCACAUGGGGCAGACUGAGGUGGGAACAGCUAUUCCUUCAGGUACUGAGGUCUCAAUUUCCUAUUUUAUGUUACUUUACAGUGGAUGCUUGGGUUGCGAACAUGAUCCGUGUGGGAUGCACGUUCGCAACCCGCAGCAGUGCGCCUGCGCGGGUUGCGAUUCGGCGCACCUGUGCAAAGCACGAUUUAGCGCUUCUGUGCAUGCGCAACCGCCGAAACCCAGAAGUAACCCAUUCCGGUACUUCCGGGUUUUGGUGGGUCUGUAACCCGAAAAAACGCAACCUGAAGCGUUUGUAACCCGAGGUAUGACUAUAUUUUUAAAACAAUGUUUGGUCCCAAGCCAGCUAAUAACUUCCUAUUUCCUUGUCUUCGGCAUCUGAGUUUUCAGAGGCUGUCCUGUUUUUUCUACAUGCACUUAGGUUAUUGUUGUAUCACAGAGAAGCCACUAAGGGAGCCCAUUUGUCUGUGAAUUAUCUCUGUUCUAGACUUAACUUUGCAGGUAUCUGUUACGGGUCAAAAAGCGAAAACUGCUUCGUUUCCUACUGCAUUGCCUCAGCUGCCUAACUGGUGGCAACUUAGCAACUCUUCAAACAGGAAUUAGGGUGAGCAUAAUUUAAUAAAACUUUCAGGGCAUAAUUUAAACCCCUGCCUGGACUGGUCUUUUCUCUGCUUAUACAGUGGUACCUCGGGUUAAGUACUUAAUUCGUUCCGGAGGUCCGUACUUAACCUGAAACUGUUCUUAACUUGAAGCACCACUUUAGCUAAUGGGGCCUCCUGCUACCACCGCGCCGCUGGAGCACGAUUUCUGUUCUCAUCCUGAAGCAAAGUUCUUAACCUGAAGCACUAUUUCUGGGUUAGCGGAGUCUGUAACCUGAAGCGUAUGUAACCCAAGGUACCAUUGUAGUUGCCUGUGCAUUAAUCUCAAGUGAGACUUAAGCUCAGUUAACUGGGAUUUAACAUAAGAUCCUAUAGGUCUGGCUAAGGCAUGGGUGAGGAAAUUGUGGCCCUCCGGAACUUUUUACACUACAGCAGGGGCCAGCAGACUUUUUCAGCAGGGGGCCGGUCCACUGUCCCUCAGACCUUGUGGGGGGGCAGACUAGAUUGGGGGGGGGGAAUGAAUGAAUUCCUAUGCCCCACAAAUAACCCAGAGAUGCAUUUUAAAUAAAAGCACACAUUCUACUCAUGUAAAAACACACUGAUUCCCGGACCGUCAACGGGCCGGAUUGAGAAGGCUAUUGGGCCGGAUCCGGCCCCCGGGCCUUAGUUUGCCUACCCAUGCACUACAGCACCCAUAAUCUCUGACCGUUGGCCAUGUUUCCUGGGGCUAAUGGGAGUUGGGAACUCAACAGUGGCUUACUGUAGAUCCUUAGUAGGUUAUGCUUAAGGAGUGAUGUGUACUCAUUUUGAACUGGGGCUGGUGAAUUUUACUUCCGAGUAGAACCUUUUCUCAGCCAUGAAGCUCAGUGGGCAAUAUUGCACUAUUUAUACUUUCUCAGCCUAACCCACCUCACGAUUUUUGUUGUGAGGAUAACAUUGGGUGAUGGGUUGAUGGAAAAGAGGAGACUGAGAGGAGAUAAGAAAGCAUCUUCAGAUAUCUCAAGGGCUGUCACAUGGAAGAGGGAACAAGCUUGUUUUCUUCUGCUCUGGAGGGUAGGACUCGAACCCAUGGCUUCAAGUUACAAGAAAGGAGAUUCUGACUAAACAUAUGGAAGAGGUAUUCAACAGUGGAACAGUCUCCCUCUGGAGGUUGUGGACUCUCCUUCCUUGGAGGUUUUUAAGCAGAGGUUGGAUGGCCAUCAGUCCUGGAUGCUUCAGCUGAGAUUCCUGCAUUGCCAGAGGGUUGGACUCGAUGACCGUUGGGGUCCCUUCCAACUCAACAAUACCAUGAUUUCAUUUUUGUUAUACCAGUCUUGUCAUCAAUUUGCUGUUUUAAAACCUUUCGUUCCACAGUCUGCAGCCGUUGGGCACAAGACGUUGGGUAAAUUCAACCAGCUCAGCCACCUGGUGGGAAAUAGGAUUAGACGCACCAAUUCACCAAAUGUCUUCCUUCCCAAGCGGAAGGGGGUUCAUUUUUGUCCUUAGGAGCGCUUAGAGCAGGAAACAAAUCAAUAUUAAAGGGAUUUAUACAGAUUCAUGCUAAGUCUGUGUCUCCUCAAAACAGAUGGACGAGAGCUGUGCAAGUGCGGUUUCUAAAUUUGGCCCAGUGGAGCAUUUAACUAUGGGGAGCCAGCUUUCUCCAUUGGGCUACUGCAGGCAUGUCCAAAGUCCAUUUCGGGGGCCUAAUUUGGCCCGCUGGUUGGUUUAAUCCAGCUCCUGUGGCAGUUUAUUUUCUGGGGUAAAAUCCUAAAAAAACCUCAACAACUUCAAUCUUUAAAAAAUCCCUCAACAGAUUCAACCCUAAAAAAAACCCCCAGCAACUUCAAUCCUACAAAAAAGGUCAACAACUUUGGUUGGCCCUUCGGUCGGCCCUCACGGCCCUUCACUUCAUCAAAUCUGACCCUCUUUGAAAAAGGUUUGGACACCACUGAUUUGCAAAUGGUGCUGAAAAGCCCCUUUUCCAUUCCUCAAAUUCUCACUUACAGGUAUUUCAAUUCCCUCCAUUGCAAGCACAUGCGCAGGUUGGAUUCUGCCCAAGAGUGACAUAAUGACUUCUUCUGUUUCAUGAUGACUGUGCACAGCUAUAUGGGUCGGGUGAUUAAGAGCACGCUAAGCAUUAGUAUAUAAGGAAGACGUAUACUAGACAGAAUGACCCAGACAGCGCUCUUAAUUUGUGCGGCAUCGCCUCCGGCAUUUGUGACGAGGAUAAUUACUGUUGUUUAAGUGAGAGUGUUUUUCUAUCCAGAGUUAUGACUCAAGGAGCCAGCGUUUGAAUUAUUUGUGCUGUGCUUUUUAUAUAUAUACAGUGGUACCUUGGGUUACAGACGCUUCAGGUUAGGACGCUUCAGGUUACAGAUUCCUCUAACCCAGAAAUAGUACCUCAGGUUAAGAACUUUGCUUCAGGAUGAGAACAGAAAUCGUGCUCCGGCAGCGCAGCCGCAGCAGGAGGCCCCAUUAGCUAAAGUGGUGCUUCAGGUUAAGAACAGUUUCAGGUUAAGAAUGGACCUCCAGAACGAAGUAAGUACUUAACCCGAGGUACCACUGUAUAUAAGAAGGAAGAAGAAAUUUUUGAAAAUUGUCAUGAUCCAUAAUCUUCUCUGAUGCGCAAAGGCUGUGAGUUUUACGGAGGAUGUUCCAUGGUCCUCCUACCUGAUUGCUUUAGGCAAAAAUGCCAGGAAUUGAACCUGGAACAUUCUGCAUGCAAAGUAUAUGUUCUGUGUCAAGGAACAAUAAAUACUAAACCACCAGAUUACUUUGGCUGCACAUGCUUUGCAAGUUCCUGUCAAAUUAUAGUCUCUGAAAACUUUCCUUAGCUUGCCUCCCCAACAACUUCAACAUAUAUGUAUGAGUAUUGUAUAGACCAGGGGUCAGCAAACCUUUUCAGCAGGGGGCUGGUCCACUGUCCCUCAGACCUUGUGGGGGGCCGGACUAUAUUUUGAAAAAAAUAAUAAUGAAUAAUGCCCCACAAAUAACCCAGAGAUGCAUUUUAAAUAAAAGGACACAUUCUACUCAUGUAAAAACAUGCUGAUUCCCAGACUGUCCGCAGGCCGGAUUGAGAAGGCGAUUGGGCCGGAUCUGGCCCCCGGGCCUUAGCUUGCCUACCCAUGGUUCAGAGUGACUGCACACAUGGAAUCAGCACAUCUGAUCUCCAAACAGCUCUAUGGAGAAUCUUGGAAUCGUAGAGUUGGAAGGAACCACAAGGAUUCAUCUAGUCCAGGCAUGUCCAACAGGUAGAUCAUGAUCAGCCAGUAGAUCACUGGACAUCAGUGGUAGAUCAUUGGCUCCCCCAACUAUGGUUUCCCUAAAAAAAUGGUUCCCCUGAGAUUAAGAGUCUCGCGUUCCUCCAGCUGAAGAGGGCAGGAAUCGCCUCUGUUCGUUGUUCCUGGCUCCGCUGUCGGGACAAUCCAGCAAAUAAUGCCAGGCUCCAAAAUGUGGGGCUGGAGAUUGUCCCAGCUCUCGUGCGCAGAGGCAGAUGUCCCGUGCCAGGAGGCAGGUUGGGUCUUGCCUACCGCAAGGACCUGGCUUGCCUAGGAAGGUAAAUCAAGAUUUGUGGGCCUAAAUAAAAUGUCGGUAUCAGGUCAAGGGGCGACCUCAACAAGUGGGGCACCGGUGAUAAUCUCAGUGGGUGGGUGCCCAUGGGUGGAAGCCCAGAGAACUGAUUCCUCAAAUGGUAUUUUAUUCCCAGUUACAGUGGUACCUCGGGUUAAGUACUUAAUUUGUUCCGGAUGUCCGUUCUUAACCUGAAACUGUUCUUAACCUGAAGCACCACUUUAGCUAAUGGGGCCUCCUGCUGCUGCCAUGCCAUAGCAGCACAAUUUCUGUUCUCAUCCUGAAGCACUAUUUCUGGGUUAGCGGAGUCUGUAACCUGAAGCGUUUGUAACCUGAAGCAUAUGUAACCCGAGGUACCGCUAUACUGUUCUGCACAAACACUGCAAUCGCAGGUGGGAAAUUUAUGAGCUGCUCCUGAGCACGGCAUAAUAAUUAAAAAGCUGUCAAGAGCAAAAUGUAAAUCUAAAUGACACUAUAAUCCUACACAUUUAUAUAAUCUGACACUUUCUUCAACAGAACUUAAUAUGUAGUAAAAAGUUUUCAGGACUGCAGCUUAAAGGUAUAAUCCUAUACAGUGGUACCUCAAGUUACAUAUGCUUCAGGUUACAGACUCUGCUAACCCAGAAAUAGUACCUCGGGUUAAGAACUUUGCUUCAGGAUGAGAACAGAAAUCAUUCUCUGGUGGCGCGGCAGCAGCAGGAGGCCCCAUUAGCUAAAGUGGUGCUUCAGGUUAAAAACAGUUUCAGAUUAAGAACAGACCUUCAGAACGAAUUAAGUACGUAACCAGAGGUACCACUGUAAAUGUUUAUUUAAAAGUAAUUCCUACUGAGUUCGAUCUCCGCAGUAAAUGCAACUUAAAUCACAUUUGUCCAUUUCCUAAAAAGACCUGUGGAUAAACUGUUUUGAAAACUGACGGCUUUUAAUGGCGCCGUGAUGUUUUUAUUGUAAUUAUUUGUGUGUUUGAAACGACUUUUUAAUAUACGUGUGUAGUUUUGAUUCUGUUGAUGUUUAAUUGUUUUUUAUGAUUGUUUUUUCUGUGUUUAAAAGUUCUGUGUACAAAACUUGAAACAGCUACUAGAUGUGGAAGAAGAUCUUCUAGAAUCGUUACUCGGGCCAUUUAUGCCUCUUGAAAUUGAAUUUCUUGUCUUAAAAUUCGUAUCAUGUGUCUCUGUGUUUAUUAUUAUAUUUCCUACAGCUGAGAAUCUUACCAAUUCAUGCAAACAUCUUUCAUUUUUAUAUUGUAUUGCCGUGCAAGGACAAAUAUAGAAAGACUUGUGAAUGAAUAAUUUCACAGAAUUGAUUGUAUGAUCGCAUUCAUAAAAUGAAUAUGACUUACUCAUCUGAUGUAGCUUUUAAAGGAUAUUUUAAUAAUUUCUCACUACAGUGUUACUGCAUCCCAGAGUUGGGGUUUUUUUUUAUUUAAAAAAUGCUAAUGCAAUAGGCAUGAACAGGCAAUAUCAGGCAAAGAAUACAGACUUUAUGCAUAUAAGACAGCAGUGCAAAGUGUUUUCCUGUAAUGAUCAAAGAGGUAAUUGGGAUUGAUUUUUUGUUUAACCUACAAGUCUGACUGUUAAAUAAUUCCAAGGGACCUGCUGGGGGAAAAUGUGCAGAAAACUAAUGAGCGGUUUGCCAAUGCUGGCUCAAAUCGUUGUGGCAAAUGAACUGGAAAAAUAAAGAGAAGCCAUCAGAAUAGAAGUAGUUUAGGAACAUUGGCAUGUAAUCCUAGUGGAAAAGACAAUAGCAUUAUAGCAAAUAUGGGGAGGAAAAUUACUACAGAUUCCUCUGUAUCUGAGCCAUGGGGGAACUCUUAAGAACAUGUGGAGAACCUACUGGAUGAGGCCAGUGGUCCAUCCAUUCCUGUAUCCUGUUCUCACAGUGGCCAACCAAGAUGCCUGUUGAGCAGGAUUCACACACGAGGACUCUGCCCUUUUGUGUUUUGAUACAGCAUCUCUUGUAAAUUAUGUUUCCUGAAAUAAUAAUCACAGUAAUAAGACUAUGAAGCGUCUUUUGUACAUCCCAUCUGCUCCUGUUUGACAUUUAUUCAUUCCCGUGAAUGUGUGUUGUGCUACAAGUUGAGUAACGCCAACAGUUAUGGGAAGAUAGUCUCCCUUGUUAAAUUCCAGAGCGGCUAUUUGCAGAGCAUCUUGUUGUCUGUUGGCUCAGAAAGAUAACUAGGGCAAAUUAAGCGACCAGCUGACUUGGGUCAUUACACAUGACUAGGGCCAUAUGGUGAAACAGGAUUACUUAAGUAUGUCGCUGCUGGGCCACAUCGUCUCAGGCAUUAAAAGAGAGCAAAAUGGGUCAGAUCAUUAAAAAACCACACCACGAUUUUAACGGCUGAAUAGUUUGAGGGAGGUUACUCACCUAACAGAGGUCAGAAUAAUGCUUGUGACCUUACAUGGAGCUUAUAACACAGGCUGUAAUUGAAAAACGGUUGCUCCCAACCAGCUCAUUGUCCACCUGGUGCAUAAAGGUGUCUGUGCCUUGCUCAAUAUCGGUAAUGCUGUCUCCAGGGUUUUUUUGGGGGGGGGGUCUGUGGUCCAACACCCUCAAUAAAGGUAAAGGGACCCCUGACCAUUAGGUCCAGUCGUUACCGACUCUGGGGUUGCGGCACUCAUCUCGCUUUACUGGCCAAGGGAGCCGGCGUAUAGCUUCCGGGUCAUGUGGCCAGCAUGACUAAGCUGCUUCUGGCGAACCAGAGCAGCGCAUGGAAACGCCAUUUACCUUCCCGCCGGAGCGGUACCUAUUUAUCUACUUGCACUUGACGUGUUUUUGAACUGCUAGGUGGGCAGGAGCUGGGACCGAGCAAUGGGAGCUCACCCCGUUGCGGGGAUUCGAACCGCCGACCUUCUGAUCGGCAUGUCCUAAGCUCUGUGGUUUAACCCACAGCGCCGUCAAUGGCCCCCCUCUAACCUAGACCAGAAAGGACUUGGAAACUGGGAAUUCUUUGAGGCUGGUUUGAUCUUUGAUAUUCAGUGCAAAGUGGCAAUGGAAGCACUGUUGGGGCAAGGAGUCCUCUGCAGGUUUGGGGGCCAUGGCAAAUGUCCAACUUUCCAUCCCCUGGGGGGAGCCCUUGGGAGCGUGGCCUUACCAUUUGGAAGGAUGAGAUAGCUGGUUUCUGGGCAUCACAGAAGUGCAUAAAACCUAUUAUUUGAUUUAUUAUUGCAUAUUUUUUCUGUCACAAAGAGGUGGCUUGUGAGAUUUGGUGUGUCAGGUCUUGACUGGUCUUGGAUAUUCCUCACCUUGACUCGUGGGGAAAAGGGGAGACGUUUGCUAUUCUGCUUCAGGCAGCAAAAAGUCUUGGGGUGGCCCUGCAAGUAUACAUGCCCCUUGGUCUGUGUGCAAUCUGUUUAUGGAAGUCCAUUGAUGGAGGCAAGAAUGGGCUACCAAGUAUUAGGGAUUGUCGGCAAAUUUUGUUCCCCAUUAUCGUAACGCUAAACUUUGCAAAGUGGUGCGGAGUCGUUAUUGAGUCGUUUCUCAGUCAUGCUGAAGUAUUGGGAAGUGGCUGUUCAUGAUUUAAGUACAGUCGUAUCUUGGAAGCUGAAUGGAAUCCAUUCUGGAACUCUUUUCAACUUCCAAAACGUUCGGAAACCAAAGUGCGGCUUCUGAUUGGCUGCAGGAAGCUCCUGCAGCCAAUUGGAAGCCUCGUUAGAUGUUUGGCUUCCAAAAAUAGUUCACAAACCGGAACAGUCAUUUCCGGGUUUGCGGCAUUCGGGAGCCAAAAUGUUCAACUUGCAAGGCGUUCGGGAUCCAAGGUACGACUGUAAUAUGGAAGAUCUUUCAGAUAUUUAUUACUAAUAAAGCUUUGAGAUGUACCGUAUUUUUCCGUGUAUAAGAUGCCCCCAUGUAUAAGACGCUCUCUAUUUUGGGGGGUUCCAAAUUAAGAAAACACCCCUAAUCACUACCAAUGUAUAAGACGAGCCCCAAUUUCAAACCCUUUUUUGGGGUAAAAAAAAACCCCUAGUCUUAUACAUGGAAAAAUACAGUAAAACAAGUCUGCAUUUUUAAAAAAUGCAUCUUAAAUAUAGCUUUAGAAACCUGGAAGAAUCAGAUACCCCCUUUGGGGGGAAGGUGUGGAAUUGGACAAGAUCCCAAAUGCUUUUGCACAGGUGUGUGUUGCCGUGUGUCUCGCUGCCCUUGGCUUGCGUUUUCCUGCCAUCUGUUUGAGCACGUUGUAAAUCGGUUGUCGCUAGGCAGCUGGUCCCCUGUUGCCGUAUCUGCAAAGUGGUCAUCUUGGACGCCAAUAAAAUUAGCACUCAACGGAGCUUAUCGCAACAUAACUGGAGGAGGGCUAGACAUCUGUGUGGGAUUCUAGAUGCUCUGCUGUUUGCACCAAUUAACAGCAUCUGGACGGCAGUCUGUUUUCUUAAAACUUUCCAGCAGGGGAAGGUAUUGGGGGAAGAGGAGGAGGAGGAGAGGGAAAAAAAUCAUAAUAAUCUAGUUAUGAUGAUGUUGUAUGAGCAUGCCAGAUAUAUAUCCCUGAGAGAAUACAGGCUCCCAACUAGGCGCCUUAUUAGAUUAUCAGAGUUUCCUAGCAUGUUGUUCCCAGAGGAUGAAAGAUCAGAACAAAAAUAAACUCUUGCUAUGUGGCAAGGCUAGUGGCUACUUGAGUGGGUCAGCUGUUCAUACAAGGAAGAAGGUUUGCAUUGAUUUGGCUAAUAGGAUCGUGGCUGACCCAAACCAAUAGGGACUGUUAGAUUAGUUGCAGAGCCCAAGCACUGCAUGCAAAAAGUCCCAGGUUCGUUUGCUGGUUCAUUCUGCUUCUUCUUAGGAGGGGGAUUAAAACUUCUUUUUAAUUGGCCGAAUAGAUAUUUGAAUAGCUGUGCUGACCUGCUCUGUUUGUUGUUGUUGUUGUUUUUAUUGUGCGGUGCUCUGUGGAAGCAUGGAAUAUAAAUUACUUCGAAUAAAUAGAUGGGCAAACAGUUUGACUUGGUGUAAGGCACAUCCUUACGUCCCAAGAGAAAACAUUAUUAAAAAGCCUUAAAACUUAAAACUGUCUGAUAACUUAUUAAAUGAGGUCUGGGGCAUUAGAAUGGAGACAAGAACUCCAUAACUUUGUUCCCAUUUUUUUUAUUAUUACACAGAAUGGCUUCUAAUGGUCAAUUCUAUUUUAUAUAACAUGUAAUGUAAAAGAGUUAUUGCUGUUAGAAAUUGACAAUGUUUUUAGCCACCGCUAUUUAAUAUAAAGCAAUAUGACAUCGAAACACAGAUUUCCCAGUAGAUUGUAUUGCCUAGACCUCAUACAUCAAUCCCCCUUUAUGGCUAUGUAGCAAGGUGGUAGAGGAAUCAGAGCCUUUUAUCUGUCAGGGAUGUCGUUCCAACCUUCCAAGUUUAAUAAUUUCAAGCACAAUUCAGUGUUGGUGCUGACCUUUAAAGUCCUAAACGGCCUCGGUCCAGUAUACCUGAAGGAGCAUCUCCACACCCAUCAUUCUGCCCGGACACUGAGAUCCAGUGCCGAGGGCCUUCUGGCAGUUCCUUCGCUGCGAGAAACCAAGUUACAGGGAACCAGGCAGAGGGCCUUCUCGGUGGUGGCACCCGCCCUGUGGAACGCCCUCCCACCAGAUGUCAAAGAGAAAAACAACUACCAUACUUUUAGAAGACAUCUGAAGGCAGCCCUGUUUAUUGAAGCUUUUAAUGUUUGAUGGAUUGUUGUAUUUUGGUAUUCUGUUGGAGGCCGCCCAGAGUGGCUGGAGGGGCCCAGGCAGAUGGGUGGGGUAUAAAUAAUAAAUUAUUAUUAUUAUUAUUAUUAUUAUUAUUAUUAUUGAUACAGAUGGGGCUCAUCCACCUGGAAAAGUAGCCCAUCUGGGAUGUGGAAAACUCCGAACCUGACCCUUGCAGCUAUCCUGAUUCAUGAGGCUUCAGGAGUAAACCCUGAGGAAAUAUCUGUAACCGCUGCCUUGCGGGGGACAUAUUCUGGAGAAGAAAAGGUUAAGGAGUAAGCCCUACACAAAGUGGGAGUCCCUAGGAUGGUUGGGUGGUGCCGUGUACACCUCCUUUCCGCAACUCCUUCAUUAUUAUUUUUUUAAAUGAUAUUUAUUAAAAUUUCAAAAGAAAAAGAUUACAUUAAUAAGAAAAAUAACAAUAAAAAAGAAAAAAUACAAAGUACAAAAAAGAAAAAACAGUUAAAAACAAUUCCAUCUUUUCAUCACUUCUCUUACAUUUACUUGUUUCCCGGACCUCCUCAUACCUCCCUUUUUUGUAUUCCAAUUCAAUUUGUUAGUCCAGCAAUUCCUCUCCCUCCUUUUUAAUCCUGAUCUUUAAUCUUGAUAUAUUAUAACAUUAAAUUUUUACGUAUUAAAAACCAAUUUUUCCAUAUUCUUUUAUACCAUUACAGCUAGGAACCACUUAACUUCAUUCUGACAUCAUUCUAACAUUCAUUAAUUUUACAAUAUUUCUGUAAGUAGUCUUUAAAUUUCUUCCAAUCUUCUUCCACCGACUCUUCUCCCUGGUCUCGGAUUCUGCCAGUCAUUUCCGCCAAUUCCAUGUAGUCCAUCAUUUUCAUCUGCCAUUCCUCCAGUGUGGGUAGAUCUUGUGUCUUCCAAUACUUUGCAAUAAGUAUUCUUGCUGCUGUUGUGGCAUACAUAAAGAAAGUUCUGUCCUUCUUUAAAACCGAUUGGCCGACUAUGCCCAGGAGGAAGGCCUCUGGUUUCUUCAAGAAGGUAUAUUUAAAUACCUUUUUUAAUUCAUUAUAAAUCAUCUCCCAGAAAACCUUAAUCCUUGGGCACGUCCACCAAAGGUGAAAGAAUGUACCUUCAGUUUCUUUACAUUUCCAACAUUUAUUAUGGGGCAAAUGGUAGAUUUUUGCAAGCUUGACUGGGGUUAUGUACCCUUUCCGCAACUCCUUCAGCCAAGCUGGUGCCAAACAUAUUGCUCUGCUUUCCUUUGGACCACACCAGCGAGGCCGAGAGUGUGGGCUCUUGUUGUCUGGGCACCCCCAGGACCUCCAUACACACUGCCCUGGCUUGCACCCCAGAGGGGUCACUUCAGUGCUACUGAUGCAGCAAAAACAAUACAGGAGGCAGCCCUUUACAAGCUCCUGAUCUUUGCAACCACAGCUGGCGCUGCGAUUCCCCAGCGGUUUGGCUUGACCCCCAGGAAGCUCACUCCAUUGUCUCUUGAGCCAGACGGAUGCCAACUGUAGAUUGAAACGCCUUACUGUUAAAUUAGCGAAGAGCGUGUGCGUUUUGCAUGUUGACUCUUUAAAAUCCUUUUUUAAAAGAACGUUGCCUUAAGCACCGUGCACUUGGGAAGGCAUCUAAAAAUGUCACAAACAGGUAACGUUUCUGUCGCUAAGACAUGAAUAUUAAAAUUAAGGAACAGUAAAUGCAGGGCUGUCGCCACUUAUAUUGGUCCCGGUGAUAUUUACACGGAUUGUUAGUCCUUGGUAAUUGAUCCCCCGCCCUCUCCGCCUUUAUUGAUGAAGGAAGUGGUUGGAAGUUGACUGCAGAAUAAGUGAUUCAAGAUACUAGUUUUGUGGCAUUGGAAUGGGAUGUGUGGGGUGGAAAGCGGCACCUGCAGCUAGAGACCCAUGGGAAUCAAACUGCACAUUAUGCCUAACGAUGAUAAUUGCAUAAAUUAAAAACCAGAAGGUAAAAGAAAUUGCAUGUUAUGCUCCAUGUCAAGCGUGGCUUUACAUCUCCUGUUGCUUUUAAAAUCGCAGCCUCUGUGUGUGCAGUUAAUGGGAUUGUAAAGGUAAAGGUAAAGGACCCCAGGACGGUUUCAGAGGCAACUAUGGGGUUCGUCUCGCUUUCAGUCCAAGGGAGCCUGCAUUCAUCCACAGACAGCUUUCCAGCAGGACUAAACCACUUCUGGUGCAACAGGACACUGGGACGGAAACCAGAGUGCACUGAAACGCCAUUUACCUCCCGGCCACAGUGCUACUUUUUUAUCUACUUGCACUGGCAUGCUUUCAAACUGCUAGGUUGGCAGGAGCUGGAACAGAGCAACGGGACCUCACUCCAUUGCAGGGUGUCAGGUGUGCGUGCAGGAGCCAGGUCCUGUGACCAAUAGGACUUUGCUGGACUGGGGCCUUCCUAAGUUUGUUCUGAAGAGGCAAGGUGCGGCUUCACAGGUGAGGCUGACUGGUAACUCACAGCACCUGGUGGCAACAGCUGGGAAGGGGUAUAAGGUCAGCAUUUCCCUUUGGCUCUUGGCCACAGCAACAUGCUUCCUGUCUUAGGCUUCUUGCUUCCUGAUCCUUGAACCUCGGCUUGUUGACUCCCUGCUUCUUGAUCCUCGGACCCCUGACUUCGUGACUCCUUGCUUCCUGACCCUCGGACCCUCGGCUUCCUGAAUCCUGGCUUCUGGAACCCCGUUCCUGCUCCCACCCCGCCAUCUUGCCCCCGGUCCUGACAUCCCCUGCCGAGACUUUGAUCGCCCAUGAACACAGGGAUUCGAACCGCCAACCUUCUGAGCGCCCAAGGAAGAUAGGGUUAUUUUCUCACCCCUGGGCAGGCCCAGUGUUUGAAAUUCCCCGGGUGCCAGGUGCACUUUGCAACCAGGUGACAGUGCCCAGCUCAAGAUAUUCAUCUGAACUAGCCAGAGGUUCAAGUGAGAACCAACCACAGUCAGUCCAACGUUUGAAAAAUAAAACGUUCGAGCCGUCUCGCCCCCAAAUGGCAACAAGGCGACCGCAACCUUGGUUUAAGGGGCCAUUUGGCGCCUAGCUUAGAUACCUGAGUUUCUAACACUGCCAGAGAGGUGCUGUCAGUCAAUAUUAAGUUGGAUGGAUUGGGACCCUGACUUAGCAUAGACAGGGUCGGAUGUUGCAAUAUUGUGUGUUUCUAAAGCUGGCCUGAAGUCGAUGUAUUCAGUCUGACGCUUUCGACCGCAAUGGUUCAUUUGCAGCGGUUUGAGAGUUUUGAGAUUUGGAUCUAGUUUGAGUCUCUCCAUGCCCUCCAGUGUAAAAUUCAUGUGCUCUUGGUCUAUAGGUUUUGACUCAUCCCGAAGGAAAGGCAUUGUUUGUGCCAAUAAAUAAGAAAGGGCUGCAAGGUAUCCAGGUGUGCCUUCUUCCAUCUUCAGACGCCGAUGAUUCACACCUAGAUAGUCUGCAGGUAGCUGCUGUCAGCUUCGGGCAAAGACAGUGCAACAUUAAAAAAAGAGGCUGUUUGCAUGUUUCUCAGUCAUGCUACAAGCUCACGUUUGCAAAUGAGACAAGGGUACCAGCCCGAUGAAUGCUGCGGGUUGAGGCUCACAGUCUUGUCUGGUAAUGGGGCUUAUUUUUUAAUUUCAUGAAACAUAUACACCACUUGAUUUUUUAAAAAAACAAAACAAAGCAGGUUACUAUAAAACUGAGAAAGAUUCAAAACCGUACAAUAUUAUUAUAAAUUAUUAUUAUUACUAUUAUUAGCGCUCUCCUUGUGGAAUGCCUUCCCAUCAGAUGUCAAGGAGAUUAAGAGCUACACAACUUUUAUAAGACAUCUGAAGACAGCGCUGUACCUGGAAGUUUUUAACGUUUUAUUAUGUUUUUAAAAUCUGCUGGAAGCUGCCCUGAGUGGUUGAGGAAAGCAAGCCAGAUGGGUGGGGUAUGAAUAUAACAACAACAACAACAACAACUUCAAAACUUACAAAAGUUAAAGUACGAAAACAGAUGUUUAUUUCACUGCUAGCUCUAUUUCGGGAAAGUUAACCAAAACGCCCUCUAGCCAGAUGUCUGACACAGAAGGCUUCCAGCAUCCUUCCAUCUCAAGCAACGAGGCGCUAUCCUCAACCAGAGGAGGAAUGAGAGGCAAGAGCCAGUGGCAACAUCGGCACCAACUCUAAGGGGCCCAGAUCCCUUCGCCCCCCUAUAAAAUAUUCCCCCCCCCAAUGUUGAGAACAAUCGGGGGCAGAGGAGGCCAAGCGCAAAGCUGAGCAGGGUGUGGAUUCAGUGACCGGUGGUUCGUCCUGCUCCUGCUGUGGAGGGGAAGGAGCGGGCCAGCUGCCCUGGGCCGGUGGCGGCUGCAGGGGAAGGAUGAGGUUGACCACAGAGCCAUGUAUGAUGCAGUGGCAGUGGCUGGUGGCUUCCUUUCCCCCUACUCCUGCUGCGGAGGGGAAGGAGAGGGGAGGAAGCAGCCCUGCGGCAGGAGGAGGAGGAGGUGGUCGUGGUGGUUGACCACUGGAGAGGAGGAGCUGCCAGCCAUUGAAGCUGCUCUGUAGCCGCAGCUGCUUUCAGCUCUGCCCCUUGGCUCUUCCUAGUGUUCUUGUGCCAUACACACACACAUCAUGUGCGUGUAAUAGGGUCACAUACGCCACAAAAUCUUCUGCUCAUGUUGGUGCCUCUGAGUGUGAAGAAGAGGCGUGGCCAGCUUGAGCCAGGGUUGGUUUGCUUUGCUUUGAGGAGUAUAUUGGUACAUUGGUACCUCGGGUUACAGACGCUUCAGGUUACAGACUCCGCUAACCCAGAAAUAGUACCUCGGGUUAAGAACUUUGCUUCAGGAUGAGAACAGAAAUCGCGCAGUGGCGGUGCGGUGGCAGUGGGAGGUCCCAUUAGCUAAAGUGGUGCUUCAGGUUAAGAACAGUUUCAGGUUAAGAACAGACCUCUGGAACGAAUUAAGUACGUAACCAGAGGUACCACUGUAUAUGGAAAAACACUGCUCUAAAAAGAAUAUGUUGAUAUGCGUGGAUUAAGUAUGUAAAGUACAAUUGAGAACAAUAAUUAAAAAUGGCUACAAGAGAUUAUAUUAUCCAAAGAAUGCAAUGAUAGUAUUUAAACUUGAGCUAAAGGAAGUUGAGUCGUGGUGGAGGAAAGUCACGGGGGUACGUAGGGUUUAUGUUUUCAGUGUAGGGUGUACAUGUAUUUCCUUCAUUUUAAUUUUGUUUUAGUAUUUGUUUGUUUAUUUUAUUUCAAUGUUCUGUAUCAUUUAUUAAGAAAUUAAAAAAGAAGAAGCGGAGGUGUGGCCAGCUUGAAUCAGGGUUUGUUUGGUUUGCAUGCUCAUCUGACGGCUCGGAGCAGUGUGCGGAAAGGCGAAAGUGUGUCAUUUAUUUUUCAUGCAGCUGCUUCUGAUGAAAGCCGUGGCAGCGUGUGCAUUGUGAACUUCGAAAGCUCUGCCUUCUCCUUUAAAAGAAAGAGUAGCCGCUCCUUUGCGUCUCCUGCGCUUGUUAUCUGCUGUGCAGGAUAAUAUAGCAGCUGGCCUGUAAAGCUGAGCUAACCUUAUAAAACCAAGCUAACCUUAAACCGCUCCUGCACACGGAGGGGACAAUGAGGCAACAAAGGAGAUACUGUAGGUCCAUCCUGGGAAGGACAUUCACAUUGUUUCCUUCAUUGCAGUGGCAUUUUGAUUCCACCGCAAUUAAGGCAAAUGGAGUUAAAAUGCCAUUGGAGACAGGGAAGUUAAAAAAGAAUCCUGUGUUUCUAAGUUAGCAGGUGGAAUUGCUGAUUUCUUCCUUCCUUAUGGAGUCGGUGGGAGGAGAUAAGGAAUCUAAACCAUAAAUGGUUGCUUUGUUGUUGCAGUUUCCACUGAUGAUGACUUUGCCCUUAAGUUUCAGUCUGCCACAUUUUACAUGCUAAGUUGUACAGUCGAAAAAUCAUACUAUAUAUAUUUUUUUUAAAAAGGGAGAGAGAGGAAAAAAUUAAGAGGUCUUUCCCCAUCGUUCAAAAAAAUAAGCAUGCGUGGAGCUGUUUGUAGAUCAGAUGUGCUGAUUACGCCUGUGCAAUUACUCUGAACCAUGGGUAGGCAAACGGAUCCGGCCCAGUCGCCUUCUAAAUCCAGCCCGCGGAGAGUCCGGGAAUCAGAGUGUUUUUACAUGAGUAGAAUGUGCCCUUUAUUUAAAAUGCAUCUCUGGGUUAUUAGUGGGGCAUAGGAAUUCGUUCAUUCCUCCCCCUCAAAAAAUAUAGUCCAGCCCCCCACAAGAUCUGGGGGACAGUUUGCUGACACCUGCGAACCUUCGCUCAGAACUCAAACCUGUUUUGUAUCUUGACAGUUUCAAAGCUGACACCAUCUAAAUGGCUGAAGUCCCACAGAGUUUCUGGUAUCCUUCCAGAUUAGUCUAGUGCCUGUUCCCAGACAAAAGAAGUUCCCAAACCCAAAAUGUUAGAUUUUGAAAUCUGCUGCUAAUACAAUAACAAGACCUCAGCCAGCAUUUUGACUUCUAUGCUCCCUAUGGUUCUAUUUUCAUCUGUAACCAUGGCCAGGUUUAUUAUUUAUUACCAUUAUUAUUAUUAUUAAUUACAAGGCAGUUUACAGAUAAAAAACAAGAAUCACUAUAAACACAGAAAAUCACUAUAAACACAGAAAAAACAAUCAUUAAAAACAAUUAAACAUUAACAGAAUUAAAACUACAUACAGAUAUUAAAAAGUCUUGUUUCAAACAUACCAAUAAGUACAAUAAAAACAUCACGGCGCCAUUAAAAGCCGUCAGUUCUCAAAACAGUUGAUCCACAGGUCAUUUUAGGAAAUGGGCUGCAAGUGUAUUUGGACAAAUGUGAUUUAAGUUGCAUUUACUGUGGAGAUCGAACUCAGUAGGAAUUACUUUUAAAUAAACAUUUAUAGGAUUAUACCUUUAAGCUGCAGUCCUGAACGCUUUUUACUACAUGCUAAAUUCUGUUGAAGAAAGUGUCAGAUUAUGUAAAUGUGUAGGAUUAUAGUGUCAUUUAUAUUUACAUUUUGCUUUUGACAGCUUUUUAAUUAUUCUUCCGUGCUCAGGAGCAGCCCAUAAAUUUCCCACCUGUGAUUGCCGUGUUUGUGCAGAACAGUCACUGGGAAUAAAAUACCAUUUGCGGAAUCGGUUCUCUGGGCUUCCACCCGUGGGCACCCACCCACUGAGGUUAUCACCUGUGCCCCACUUGCUGAUGUCGCCCCUUGACCUGAUACCGACAUUUUAUUUAGGCCCACAAAUCUUGAUUUGCCUUCCUAGCCAAGCCAGAUCCUUGCGGUAGGCAAGACCCAACCUGCCUCCUGGCACGGGACAUCUGCCUCUGUGCGAGAUCUGGGACCAUCUCCAGCCCCACAUUUUGGAGUUUGGAAUUAUUUGCUGGAUUGUCCCGACAGUGGAGCCAGGAACAACGAACAGAGGCGAUUCCUGCCCUCUUCAGUCGGCAGAACGUGAGACUCUUAAUCUCAGGGUUGUGGCCCCACAUGGGGCGAAAGAUUCUUGCAUUGCAGGGGUUUGGACUAGAUCAGGGCUGGCCAGCUCCCAGGAGACUCACAGAGUUAAAAACUGGCAGUGAUCUACUCCCUUUUGGGGGGUUCAGGUCAAAGCUGUUGAGCUUUUAUUAGGAAGGAAGGCACUGUUUUUUGAGUUUCAAGUCAAAGUUGUUGAGCUUUUGUUGGGGGCAGCCAGUGAUCUAUCACAGAUGUCCAGUGAUCUGCUGGUAGAUCACGAUCUACCUUUUGGACAUGAAUCCUUGUGGUCCCUUCGAACUCUAUGAUUCCAAGAUUCUCCAUAGGGUUAUUUGGGUCCGGUAGGUGCUGAGGCACUUCAAAUACCCGAAUUGCAGGUCCCCGUUUCUCUCUCCAGCUUGCAGUGCAUCCUAUCUUGGGGAACAUACAUUAGGAACUGCUAUUCUCCAUCUUGCUGAUUACUGUCUACACUAAUUGGCAGCAGAUCUCCAAGAUUUCAGAGGUGGGUCUUUCCCAGCCCUACCUAGAGAGGCUAGGAAUUGAACCAGGAAAUCAGCUGCCCUGUCACUAAGCUAUGUCCGCAAGCUGAGGAGGAAAGCUAAGGCUUACCAUGAGCUAGUGGAAUUGUUGGCUGCUGCUAAAGACUACAGCGGGUGGCACUGUGGUCCAAACCACUGAGCCUCUUGGGCUUGCCGAUCAGAAGGUUGGCAGGUUGAAUCCCCGUGACGGGGUGAGCUCCCGUUACUCUCUCCCAGCUUCUGCCAACCUAGCAGUUUGAAAGCACGCCAGUGCAAGUAGAUAAAUAGGCACCAUUGCGGCGGGAAGGUAAACGGCGUUUCCGUGCACUUUGGUUUCCGUCACGGUGUCCCGUUGCGCCAGAAGCUGUUUAGUCAUGCCAGCCACAUGACCCGGAAAGCUGUCUGUGGACAAACGCCGACUCCCUCGGCCUGAAAGCGAGAUGAGCACCGCAACCCCAUAGUCGCCUUGGACUGGACCUAACCGUCCAGGGAUCCUUUACCUUUUUACCUGAAAGACCACAGAAAUCUGUUAUGGGUUGGAACUGUUACUUUAUAAACUAGCGAGCAUUAGAAGGCCGCUCUUGGGAGUCAAAGUGCAUUGCUUGUAACCCGUGUAGUUAAUUGGAGUAAAUAUUAUCCUUCUCCAGUAUCCAGUACAGGCAGACUGGCUCCCCCAUUCCAUUAGGGUCAAACACCUUGCUGUCCACAUAAUCAAUGGAAUGUUCUUUUUUAAAAAUAAAAACCAAACCCCAAAGCAGCAACUUAGUUUAAUUAGUUCCACAAAUGUAAGCUUUCCUCGCUUAUUGGUUUUUGCUUUGCAGUUGACGCUCUUGGCUUGAGUUCAAGUGGUCUGCUGUGUCCCUGCCUGCUUUUAGGAAGUUGAGAGGCUCCUUUCCCCCUCGUAUAACUUCAAGGAGGUGCCUUUCCAAGAUCAAAUCCAGAGACCUAGCUUCAGGAGGGAAGAAAAAUAUCUAAUUAGAAUGGAACACGGCUAUGCACUUUAGGGCCGUACAAAAGCCCAAUUAAACAACAUUCUUUCUUUUAUCGGGUAGGGCAGGUUGGGCUUUGGUGAUGGAUGUGAAAAGCAAUACUUUUUUUACUUCUUUAAAAGUGUGCUGGUUUUUUUAAACCGUUUCAGGAGCAGGUAAUAAGCUUUUAGGUGGUUUUUGUCUGUAGCUGAGUGAAAAAGCCAUAAAGUGCCUUUCCCCCUUAAAAAUCCAACCCUAAAAGGCCAAUAAAGGAUAGGAAAAAAAUGUGAGAAAUGGAGACUUGGAGCAAAGGUCUUCUCUUAAUCCUUUUACAUUUAUGUGAGUCUGGGGUUCCCAAGCUGCUCUUUUACCAAGGUUAAUUCUAAACACUCUUUUCUUUUCUAUCUGGGAAGAUGCUGUUCGGAUGAAGCCUAGUUACCUCUCUGCCUGGCUAAAUGGUACUUGGGCAAUCUCAAUUGUUAUGUGACAGAUUUCCCCACAAAGUCAUCCUUCUGCUGAAGUUCAGUUUGCAGGACCCCGGAAAUUGCCUGCACCAGGGACCCCCCUGCAAGACAAGCAUCCUGAGCUUUUUGUGUGGCCAAAAUGAAGGGAUGGGGUAAUGUCAAGCUCAAACCUGCCCUUGGAUCGCUGCCUUUUGGCCUUUGCUGUUUGUGGACUUCCAGUUAGUUUUUCAGUAAUGCAGGAAGACCAGGCAACUGAAGCAUCACCCCGUCUGGUCCUCAGCCCUUGAAGACUCUGACACUACCAGGGUGGAUAAAAAUCAACGAUUUUUUUUUAAAAAGGGGGGGAAAGGAAUUUUAAAAAUUUAAAUCAGAUUUUUAAAAUAAAAUGCUUUCGGAGGAAAAAUCUUUUUAAAGAUAGUUUUCUAUUUAAGUUACAUUAAAGUCCAAAGGCUAUUCAUCAGGAAAUAAAGAUUUGUUUUAAGUUUUUCAUGUAUGCUAAAACCCAGUCUAAGUUUUUAAAAACAAAACAAAACAAACAUUUAACCACACCAGUUAACAAACAUGGAUACAUAUGCUAUAAUGUUAUUCCUUUAGUUAAAUAAAUGGUUUAAAUUGUUAUUAAGGAAAUGAUUGUUUUUCGCCUUCCAAUAAAGUACAGAGGAAAAGUUGUCCAAAUAUAAACAGUUAACUUAUUAAACCUCACAAUCAUUUCAUAAUUACCUGUCUAUGUAUUUCUAAUAGUACAGUGGUACCUUGGGUUACAUACGCUUCAGGUUACAGACUCCGCUAACCCAGAAAUAUUACCUCGGGUUAAGAACUUUGCUUCAGGAUGAGAACAGAAAUCGUGCUCCGGCGGCACGGCAGCAGCAGGAGGCCCCAUUAGCUAAAGUGGUGCUUCAGGUUAAGAACAGUUUCAGGUUAAGAACGGACCUCCAGAACUAAUUAAGUACUUAACCCGAGGUACCACUGUAUAACCAAAUCAGUAAUUUUUUAUAUAACUGUUAAAACUACUCCGAACAUUUAUUAUUCCAAAAAUGAAACCUUCCUCUGGUUGUAAAUAUUAAGAUUAUACCAGCAAGAAUGAGUCUUUCUGCAAAAAAAGAUGAUUUAAAUCAAGUCUUACUGACUAGUUGUGUUUUAAUUGUGAUUUAAAUUGAUUUGAUUUAAAUCAAAUCCACCCUGGACACUACAUGAUAUGGGAAGCUCGGUCCAAGUUGCCAGGCCCCACUUUCCUUAAUCUCUUGUAAGUUCUUGAAGAUGGUUCUAUGUAACCAGGGCUUUUUUUCAGCCAGAACUCACCUCUCAGGUGGGCACCAUUGCCAUGCUAAGAGAACGAGGGAGGUGUUCAUCGUGAGUUCCUGCGCCUAUUUUUCUAGGAAAAAUAGCACUGUGCGUAACAAACUAGAAGUGGUGACCAGCCCUUUGUUUUAGACCACCCGAAGCUUUGGAAAUGCUUAACAUCACUACAAGAAAAAGGACCUGCGAUAAUUUUCAUUCACGCUCCUGAAAACUGCUGCACUUUAUGGAUUUGUUUGAAUUACAAAAUAAAACCAGUUUCAUAAUAAUAAUAAUAAUAAUAAUAAUAAUAAUUUAUUAUUUGUACCUCGCCCAUCUGGCUGGGUUUCCCCAGCCACUCUGGACGGCUUCCAUAGAAACAAAAAAUACAGUAAAAUAUCACAGAUUAAAAGCUUCCCUGAACAGGGCUGCCUUCAGAUGUCUUCUAAAUGUCAGGUAGUUACUUAUCGCUUUGACAUCUGAUGGGAGGGCGUUCCACAGGGCGGGCGCCACUACCGAGAAGGCCCUCUGCCUGGUUCCCUGUAGCUUUGCUUCUCGCAAUGAGGGAACCGCCAGAAGGCCCUCGGCACUGGACCUCAGCGUCCGGGCAGAACGAUGGGGGUGGAGACGCUCCUUCAGGUAUACCGGGCCGAGGCCAUUUAGGGCUUUAAAGGUCAACACCAACACUUUGAAUUGUGCUCGGAAACGUACUGGGAGCCAAUGUAGGUCUUUCAAGACCGGUGUUAUGUGGUCUCGGCGGCCGCCCCCAGUCACCAGUCUAGCUGCCGCAUUCUGGAUUAUUUGUAGUUUCCGGGUCACCUUCAAAGGUAGCCCCACGUAGAGCGCAUUGCAGUAGUCCAAGCGGGAGAUAACUAGAGCAUGCACCACUCUGGCGAGACAGUCCGCGGGCAGGUAGGGUCUCAGCCUGCGUACCAGGUGGAGUUGGUAGACAGCUGCCCUGGAUACAGAAUUGACCUGCGCCUCCAUGGACAGCUGUGAGUCCAAAAUGACUCCCAGGCUGCGCACCUGGUCCUUCAGGGGCACAGUUACCCUAUUCAGGACCAGGGAGUCCUCCACACCAGCCCGCCCCCUGUCCCCCAAAAACAAUACUUCUGUCUUGUCAGGAUUCAACUUCAAUCCAUUAGCCGCCAUCCAUCCUCCAACCGCCUCCAGGCACUCCCAAGCAGUUUCACCUUGUGGUUCCUUGUCUCCCUCAAAAGUUGGGUCCGUAGGCCCACAGGGAAGGUUUCACAGAAAUCUUUGUGGCAUGGUGAGCAUUGUAGAAUUCUGAGCACUCUCAUGAAACUUCACCCCCCUAAGGUUUGAAGUUUGUAUUGUAGUUCUCAGGAUGCAAAACAGGGAGUUUGUUUUCUCAUCUCAUCCAGGGAAGCAGUUUUCCUCUUCAGGGACAAAAAUGGUGGUAGAAGAUACUUGACACUAGGGCUGGGGCGAUAAACUGGUUUUCAGCAUCAUGAUAUAUCACCAGCUAAACAUUGCGAUAUAUCACGAAAUAUAUAUGAAAUAAGGAUGUAGCUACGUAGAAGCGAAUGGGGUGGUGUCCUGGCAACUGUUACUGCUUAGGGGUCUAAAACUGAUCUAUUUUUACUUACCUUUAACAUAUUGUUACAACUGUUAUUUUAUAGUACAGAGUGCCAGGGGGCAGCAGGAAUCACCAGAGAAGCGAUGGAUGGCUUCAUGGUUUUUGCAUGUCGGGGACCCCAAGCCACCCCCAAAUAAAUUCACAGUUCACACCAUAAUUUUUGUUUAAGGUUUUUGGCAUAAUUUUGGCCACAACUUUAUUAAUAUACAAAGUGAGUGGUUGCUUAGGUAUUGGUUACGACUGUCUGUCUCCGCCCAGGGACAGAACUGACAUCCGCAAUACUGUGAAGUCCGUAAGGGAAAACAUUUUAAGGGGAGUAAAUGGAGCUGGGUACCAGACCCUCACCUUCCCCAAAUGCUCCCAGGGGCUCUUGCGUGGCCCUAGCCCCUUGACAGGGGUGCGGACAAAAGCAUGGUGAGCCCCUGGAUUCCUUAAUUAUUUUUUUUUUAAAUGAUAUUUAUUAAAAGUUUAACAAUUACAAAAAAGAGGAAAAAAGAGAGAAAAAAGAGACAAUAAAGAGUUACAAUACAUCAAAAAAAAUAAAAAGCAGAAUAAAAAAACAAUACAGCACAACAAUAAAAAGAAAAACAAAACAAAACAAAAACAUUUAAAAACCAAAAACAUUUAAAAACACAUCCAGUAUUUCCAUGUCUUUGUCUUUCAUUUACUUGUUUCAUCGACCUCCUCACACCUCCCUUUUUGUAUUCUAAUUCAAUUUAGCUAUUUCAGCAAAUCCUUUCCAUCUUUCUCAAUUUUUGUUCUAUAAAUUACCUUAACCCAAUCUGACCUUAGAUUUUACACUUUGGCCCAUUAACAAUCCAUUACCUUAUCUUACCAUAUAAAGCCCUAAAGCUUAAAACUUAAAACUUAUUUAUACAUAAUUCCUUAAAGCAUUUCUACUAAAGCCAAAUAGUUUCAUUCCAACAUUUUUUCUAACACUCAUUAAUUUUACAAUAAUUCUCUAAAUGAAUUUUUAAACUUUCUUCCAAUCUUCAUCCAUCGUCUCUUCUUCCUGGUCUCGGGUUUUGUCAGUCCUUUCUAUCCCUUCCAUCUAGUCCAUCAACCUGGUGACCUUCUAUCCGAGGCUCUUAAGUCUUUUCCAUGUCCCUUCUGCAGGUCUUCUUCAUGUUUAUACCUGCACUUUACUUUGUCUUCUGCUGAUCUUAUUCUUAAUUUCCUUCCUUUCUCACUGAGGGGUAGAUCUCGGGGAGACUCCAACUUGACAAUAUCUUUAUCCCUUCUUGACAGGUCAGCCCAUUCUCCAUAGUCAGCACUAAAAUCCAAAAGAUAUUUGAAGGCAUGUUUCAAAGUCCCUCCAAGGUUAAGGGCCCCCACAACUCCAAACUCCCCCUGGCCCAAAACCAAAUCCCAAAAGUCAAAACAUCCCUGCAUAGGGGGAUCUAUCUGACUUCCCAUCUCCAAACCAAACAGUACUCCAUCUCUCCAAAUCUGACUUUCUCCAGGUUCAGUCGUCAAAAACAACAACUUAUGUUCCUGCAGGGCCACGACUCUCUCCAUUUCUAUUACUUGAGGUUCAGCAACAACCUCCUCCUUUGUCUUCCCCUGCCCCUGGAUUCCUUUAACGGAAUACCCUGGCAGCAACAACAUUGUAGGGGCAGGCACAGCCAAUCCAUACCCCUCCACCAACCAAUUUUUCUAUAAACCAAUGCCUAACCACAACCUUACAAGUUGUGAUGAUAUGCUAUGCAGUAGGCAAAAACCAAAUGGCACCAGCCAAUCAGCCAAAUGGACAAAAUUCCUACCAGGCCCCUGCUCCAAAAGCAGACUACCCCAUGACAGGCGUAGAGAAGGUCAAGCGCAACAAACUUCCCAAAAUUAAGGGAGGGUGGGCGGGUGAUCCGAUGCACAAAGCGAAAAAGAGAACGCUCAACACUGCGUGCAGGGAAUAUAUUUCAACCCAAGCUGUCAAUCAAUAAUAGCAACAUCACACUCUCCCCAGCAACCCAAGGAGUCCAAUCACACAGUGGGCCAACCAAACCAACAUGCCCAGCAGUGGGGUGUGUCUGGUUAAUCCCACCGCAACCCAUGCACUCCAUGAAGGAGAACACGCUUUCCCAUAUCACAAUUUUUUAUUUUUUAUUUUUACAUAGCACAUGCACACAUUGUGAUUUCGUGAUAUAUCACCAUGUCGGAUAUUAUGAAACCAUUAUCAUGAAGGUGGACUUCAAACCGAUUUUGGACGAUGUAAGCCCUACUUAACAAUACUUUUGACUCUCUGCCAUUUGUAUGACUUACGCUUUAAGUAAAUACAUAUAUAACACAAAAGACACUCAGAUUUCGUGUCAAUAGAAUUUAAGUUCUGUACUGUUUACAAAAUGUGCACAUUAUCUGAACUUUUCUGUGUGCCCUUGCCUUGUGUAAUUUAUUCCCUUUGGAAUAAAUUAAUGGGCAACUUCCCUUCACCCCCCUCAGCCGAGAGAAGGCUUGGAUCCUGCAGCCAUUUCAUGCAUUUUUCAGGUUCGCCUUCAUAAGUGCUGCACUUAAAACAUGCGCGCGCGCACACAAAUGUCUUAUUUGGAUUUCUGUAUUGAUUUGGAGCACUAUUUCCACACCCAUAUGCCACAAUCACAACAUUUAUUAUUAUGCUCUUGCAGACAAGAGAUUAAUCCCUGGCUUCCAUCCUUCCUCGUGCAGAUGACUGGUGAUUUUUAGAUAACUGUCCAAACCAUGGCCAGGUCAGCAAAUGGCUAAUGGCAUAAAGCAGGCUAGUAAAAUUUAGAUGCACCAAACUGAUAGCCUAAUUUAUAGAGGCUCAGCUUCCUUGAAUAGAUGUGGCCUCUGUUGCAGACUGCAUGUGCACCGUUUAUUGGCAAUAUCGUUUGCAAAGCCAUGGCUGUUUCCCUCUGGAUCUAGCCCAAUUGUUGCAAAAUCUGUUUGGGACUAUCGAGGAGACAAGGGAACGCAGUAUAACCCAAUAGCAUGUUCGCCAUAACAAAACCAUCUCCCAAAUACAGCGUCCUAAUUCGAAGCAGCAAAUUCGUUUGGCAACAAGUUUACUAGCAUGCCAAUAUUCAGAUAUGAUCCUCGUUAAUCGUACCCACAGGCGUCAUUUUCCCCCUUGCGGUUGAUGUAGACAUUGGCAGGAACAGUGCCAGCAGCCAUUAACCACUGUCUGGGCUUGUUGGCAAUAUCAGAUAGGCCGGUAGAGAUGGUGGCUGGAUCAAGUUUUGGCGAAGGCAAGUAAGAAGCAACAUUUAUAAAAUUAAUAAAAUUAUUAAAAAGUUUUUCUCCCUCCCUCACUAAUGUAUAACUCAUGGACAGCUAGUAAACUGCUCUGUGUAAGGAACAGUGGAAUAAUAUUAAUCAAGACGAGGAUGAGGUUUUUCCAGUCCAGUUAUUGAGCCAAAAGACCUAGAAAUUUGACUCGGAAGUUUCAUUUCCAUUCACUUCCUUUAUAUUAAAUUAUAAAGGCUACUCAGGAGUGCAAAAGGGCUUUCAAAAACCAAUGUAAAGUAUAACAACACACACACACUAAAAAUGCUAUGAAAUGAGAGUAACGCAUGCUAUUAAAAACGGCGUUUUAUAUUUUAGGGAGUUGCACCCAGUCUUUCAAUAAAAUUCCCAGGAUGGCUUACAAAAUUUAAAAGCACAAUAAAACAAAUGUAAAACAUUCAAAUUAACACUAAUAAUAAUAAUAUUGGAGACCAGUUCCCCCAGAUUUCCGAUGGUAACUAGCAAUCUUGAAGGUCAGGUGUGUGUUUUUUCCCCAGAUGGCUUGGAAAAGCAAAUGAAAUCCUUGCACUGGGUUCUGGAGAAUGUGGACUUCUUAACCAAUGCCAGGUUGUUCUGGUUUUUUAGAAGCUGCUGAAGAGUCCAGCCUUUUUACUGGAAGUGCUUAGUUUAGAAUUGCUUCCAGCUAAUUAUUGUACUUAAGGGAUCGUGUCAGCAGCUGCUGCCGCUUUUUCUGGGAUUGUAGCGUUCGGCUUCUUCAUAGACUCAUCACCAUUUUAUAAUGUUCUUGUUGCAUACAAACCCUCCUUUCUGAUUACGAAGCAAGUUGUGUGUGUGUCUUUUGUGUCACCCAUGCUUCCGGGCAUCCUUGUUAAAGCCUGCUGCACAAUGUACUGUUUUUAAUGAUCCGAGAUAAGCUUCCACUUAAGACAUGCCAGGAUUUUUAGAUUAGUGCAGGAACAGCAGGAAUAGGCAGUUGUUUUGGGAGGAACACAAUUGCUGAAAGCUGCUUUCAGAUAACAGCCCCUUAACAUGCCCUGGGGAUUUUUAAAACCAUUUAAAAAUCCACCUGUGGAUAAAAUAGCCCAUUGCAAAUAUUUCCACGUUGGACCUCAGCUGUGGGGAAUCUUCGAGGGCCGAGAUGGGGGAACCUUUGGCCCUUGAGAUGCCAAUGCAUAAUAAUUAUCAUCCUGCCUGAGCUGAGUGUGGCCUCAAAGCAUGCCCACCUGUGCCUGUUCAUUGUGAGGAGAGAUCAACGGUGGUGGACUGGGCAAUAUGCCGAUAUAUCACGAUGUCUGAAAGAAGGAUGGAGCUACAUAGAAGCAUUGACUGGCUUCACGGUUUUUCCCACAUUGCAGUUUUUGCAUAGUGCUCCCUCCCUCCCCCCCCUCGUGUGUGUGUGUGUGUGUGUGUGUGAGAGAGAGAGAGAGAGAGAGAGAGGAUUCACAGUGCAGUGGUACCUCGGGUUACAAACACCUCUAACCCGGAAGUAGUUGCUCCGGGUUGCGAACUUUGCCCCAGGAAAUCGCGGCAUGGUGGCCACGGGAGGCCCCCAUUAGCGAAAGCGCGCCUCAGGUUAAGAACGGUUUCGGGUUAAGAACAGACCUCCGGAACAAAUUAAGUUCGUAACCAGAGGUACCGUCAAAAAUUAUGAAACUGAUAUGAUAUGGACUUCAAAAUGGUUUUGGACAAUAUAUUGCUAUACCCAGUGCUUUUUCUUCCUUAAAAAAAGUGUUUAGGGGUACUCAAGAAAACUGCCAUUUUAUAGUUCAAAUUGGGAAAAAUAAAUACAGUAAAUGGACAAAAGUGCAAAGAUUCACAAAAUGUUUACGGGUAUGCGUACCCCCAGAAAUUUGUUCACUGAAGAUGCUUUUAAGAAUACUAGCGUUCCUUGUAUGCAGGUAUCAGGCGAAGAACUUGGAAGAAUGGCACAUGCAGAAAAUAAGACAAGGAUUCCAGGAUAAUUGUGUCUCCUGAUCAAUCUGCUGGAUUUUAAUUUCUCAUAAUACGUUUCGUUUAUAUGAUAAGUUGGUCUAUAGAACCAUAUAUUUUUAUACGAUCUGUUGAAUCGCAUUUAAAAAGAAUUUACUUAGUUACAAACAGCUUGUUACGUUGCAUGUGUUGCUGUCCCUGGAUUAGGCAAGGCUUCUCGCUUGGUAUCGGUGUCGACAUGCGAUAGCGUUCUGGAAACCAAACCCAUGUCACAGUUUAAGAAGAUGACAACUUGAAUGCUUCCUUCGGUAUUUUUCAUGCCCCGGUGGUGUGAAACUGCUUCAUUUCAUCUUCCCAUUAAUGGGAGAAUUAGUGCGAUGAAGCUGGCAGAGGGAUGUGGUGGAGCAAAACCAAGCAGGUAGGGUUACUUAUUACCCAGUGGCGAUCUUGUGUUGAAAUCUCCUUGCUCGUUUGUCGAUAUUGUUCUGGGCCUAUCACAGCAGCCCAGAACCAGGAAAUCCUAUCUGUGCGACUCAAGGCCUGGUAUCCAAGAGUUGUUUCCAACCUCUCCACCUCUCGGAUUUCUCGUUUCGGGAAAGUCUUCCUAGAUCUAAGUCUCGUGCAGUUGUAUUGCCUCUGUGUAUGCACAGGCUAACGGCAAUUGUGUUAUUUGAGGCACAUUGCAAGUUUGCAACUGAGAGUAGCACUGUGCCGAUUUCAGGACCGGGGAAAAGAGCUGUCUGCUGGGGUAGAGAGCUUAUGGUUGCCAUUUCUGGGAAUUUUUUCCCCAUGCUGUCAUAAAUACGUUACCUGCCCCUGUGUGAGGAGUCCCAGCGUGCAGAGUCUUGCACAUGGAAGUGUGGGAGUUGGGGAACAGCAUAAGCGCCAAGCGACGUGAUCGAGUGAGUCGGAGAGCCAUGGAGGAUCGUGUGAUUUGCGUGUGUUAAAAGAAAAAGGAGGUAUGGACUAAUCCAGACACAAAUUGAGUAGAUCUUGCCAAGUGCUGAUUGCAGAGGAUAAAAAGGAGGAUGUGGCUGAUAAAUAAGCUAUAUAACUGAAUCAUCCUCUAAGUUAUUAGUCACAUACUCUGGAAUGUGGUGAUAAACAAGGAUGAAAGGAAUUGGUUUGUGUGAGAUCAGGUAUUCUAAGUCUGUUUUCUUGUAGAGGUUUCUUUGAUUGUGGGUUUCUUUAGGGGGGUUAUUGGAACUUGAAUGGGCUUUUCUUUCUUUUUUUAAUUAAUCUGUAUUUGAGCGGACUACACUGUUUCAUUAUAAGGAUUUAAGAGUCUGUGAUUCUAAACACACAGAUGUACCAUCUGGGAAGGCAAGCAACCAAAAGUAGCCCAGCUCCAUAUUGGAAUGCCAAAUUAUAUUACCAUGCUGGUGAAAUCCAGGUUUCACAAAGCAUGGGGCUUCGAAAUGACUGUAAUAAUUUUUUUUAGAAGCUCAGAAUAGAUGACUUUGGUUGGUAGAGUAAAAAGGUAGUGAAUUGGCGAGGCCUGUUUUUUAAUUGGCAAAGGUAAAUGUUGCUCAGCCAUGCUGAGUAACGUUUUGGAGGCUGUUCUCAGUGCCGGCCCUAUCUUUAGGCAGGGUGAAGCAACUGCCCGCAAACCAGUUGCUCCUCCUCAGUUCCCUGAGCAAACCCGUCUGCUGGAGAACGAAGCUGUUUGUGUCGCAGUUCUUGUCCUGCAUCUCUGUACCGACCUUUCUGCUUUCAUCAGGGGCAUCUGAGGACAUCAUACUGUUCCCAGUGCUGAAGGAAAAGUCAUCUGUCAUUUGGCUUCUGCAUAUGGAUUUGUAGCAGGAAGGAGAGCAUCUUGGGGCCCAUCCUGGCUAUUCUGGUUCUGGCUUGAUAACUAUAACCACAACAGACAGUUGAAGAGAAAGUAUUUCUUUUCAACAAUACUGUUAAGGUAUAACUUAACUUUACACUCCCUUGCGCCCUCUUUCCCACGCCAGACGACCUCCUUUUACAAGCCCGCUUGUUCAGAUUAAAUUUGCAUUGUGUCAGAUUCCUCCGGAAACCUCUCACACACAAAAAAAGGUAUUGUGUCAAGGCGGGUUAGGGACUGCCAAAUCUGAUGCCGUGUUUUACAUCCGUGUUGUGGGAAGUGGAUAUAUUUAGAUUAUUUUCUCCCAACUUAAUAGUAGGUUACUCCGGCAAAAAUGACAAGUCUGUACACAACUAAAUUGUAGGUUAGCGCUCCGAAGUGGGUUUUGGGAGAAUUUCGUUGGGGAACGGACGUUGAGCAAACUUGUAUCGGAGACUGGAUUCAUGGCACAGUCUCUUUCUGUGCCCUCCUUCCAAACAUUACAGGUCAUGGGGUUCAUCAGCACUUGAGAAACAUUCCCUCACUGCAAUGAUGGUCGCUAGGAUUUGAGACGAACCCUAUCCCCGUGGGAACUGCUGGGAAGCUCGUUUUUUGUGUGUGUGAAGUACAGGAUUACUGCAGCCAACACCUCGUGCCAAUUAUGACACCACAGCCCCUCAAGAGUAACCCAGCCGUGGAGGACAGAAAGUAUUUUAAGAUACUCCCUCAGGGGAACCAGCGCUGUUCUCAAUCCAGACUCAAGCUGUAAAAGCUUAAGAGGGAUUCCUUUGAACUCUGAGAUGCUGUUUCUCUUUGACAAAAGCUGUCAGAGGAAGCGUUGAACCAGCGGAACGUUGCUUUCUGCACUUCCUCUCUCAAAGUUUCUUUAAUGAGCGCUGCGUAUAUAUAGCAGAUUUGCAGCACCUCCAGCUUAAAAAGAAUGAUUUCGAGGCGGGAUUUUACCGCAUGCCAGCAAAUCCAGGUUGUGCAAUCCGAGCAGAUUUGGAGCUUUUGCCCGACAAAUCUAGUCCCCCAAAAUAUCAAUUUUCCGAUAGGGAAAUUGGCAGGAACGUGCAGUGGAAAGUGUGGGAUAAUGGUUUGACAGAAUGCUGUUCCUUGCCUUGACCUGCUCUCCUCCUCCUUCAGUCAUACAAAGCGCUCAGAUCGGUGCGUCGCAAAUAGUUUGAGUAACACAGCUAGCACAACCCUUCCGAGAUGUCUGUGUUGCCCACACUUGCCUAUUGGCUGGCUGCUUCCUUUUUUUAUUGGCUCCGGAGCCCCCUACCCACCCCAAAUGCCCACCUCUUGCUGUUUCUGAUUGGUAAAACCAUCCCACUUUCUGGUCAGCUGUGCAGUGCUUAUUAUAUGUUGUAUAUGCCAUUGUGGUGCCUUCCAUCUGCAUUUUCUAAAACUUCAAAGCUAGGAGAAACCUUCUAUCUCAUCUGGUUUUAAAUGAGAGGCAAAGUGGGCUAUGAACAAAGGGUUAAGAAGCAAACAUUACUUUGGCAAGAAAUUCUUAUCUGUCAAGGAGUGGGGGCUGUUGUUGGCUGAAUUCUUGAAUGUCUCAUCUGUUCUGCCCCUCUUAAUGGAAGGUUGAACGAGGCUUAAACAUCUAGCACAAAAGGUCUUAAUUUAUCCCUCUUGAAACUGACUCAAGCUCAUUCGCCAAGCAAUACACGUGCCACCACAAUAGCAGUCUUUUAUUGCCCGAGGAAGGAGGUGCCAGGUCGUACAUGGUUUGUUUGAAUAAUGGCAUAUAUUGUUUUACAGUCUGUGCAGCUUGGCAUAAUUGUUGCUCCUGUCCCUCUCUAGCAUGUUCACUAUGUGCUUCUGAAUCUCCAGUGAUGGUAGAGGAAAGGUUACAGUGGUAUCUUGCUUUAAGAACAGCUUAGUUUACGAACAACUUGGAUUAAGAACAUUGCAAACCUGGAAGUAGGUGCUUUGGUUUGUGAACUUUGCCUUCGUUUAAGAACAUGUUUCGCUUCCUGUUGAGUGUGUUCCAUUUGUAAAUGGAGUCCCCCGCUGCUAUGGGAAAGCGCGCCUUGGUUUAAGAAUGCUUUGGUUUAAGAACGGACUUCCAGAAUGGAUUAAGUUCGUAAACCAAGGUACCACUGUACAUAAUAAAAACAAGAACACAAACACAUUCAAAUGGAUGUUAAAUCAGCCAAACGCAUUCAAAUAGGAUGCUAAUCAGCCCAAGGCAUGGUUGCAGAGAAACAUUUCCACCUAGCGCCUUACGCUAUAUAAUGAAGGCACCAGGCGGACUUCCCUAGGGAGAGCAUUCCACAAAUGGGGAGCCACCACAGAAAAGGCCCCGUUCUUCUGUUGCUACCCUCCAGACCUUUCAUGGAGGAGACGCACGAAGAAGGACCUCAGAGGAUGGUUUCAGGGCCUAGGUAGGUUCAUAUGUGGAGAGGCAGGCCUUGAGGCAUUGCGGUCCUGAGCCGCUUAAGGCUUUACAGGUCAGAAGCAGCACUUUUGAACUGGGCCCCAAAACUAAUUGGCAGCCAGUGCAGUCGAGCCAGGAUUGGCGUUACAUGCUCAAACUGCCUUGCCCCGGUGAGCAACCUGGCCACUGAAUUCUGCACCAACUUAAGUGUCCGAAUCAUCUUCAGAGGCAGCCCCACAUAUAACACAUUGCAGUAAUCUAACCUAUGGGUUACCAGAACAUAGACAACAAUAGCUAGGCUAUCCCUGUCCAGAUAGGGGAGAAGCUGGGCCGUCAGGACCACUCCGUUGAGCCUCAGGCAUGGACUUGCUGCAGACCUUGGCCACCAUCUGAGAGACAUUGAAACAAAGCUGGCAUGCAAAGAAGGAAGAGGUGACUGAUACCAACAUCAUUAGGUCCUGUAGGCUGGCAGUAAGGUUCUGCAUAGAUCAGGAGCAGUGUUUGUGCUGGAACAGUGCAAGAAUUCUUGGCAUCUUAGAGAGGCGGGAACAUGCAAACCCCACAACUUUUCCUGACCGCACUGAGAUAGUUGGAAGCAGUUGCAAAGGAUCCUGAUAAAGGACCAUAAAUCUGUGGCACCAUUUUCCUUGGCAAGGAGCUGGUGAAACUGUUUUGACCCAAUGGUUUUGGUGAUGUUGGCACACACAAAAACCCAGUCGAAUGCCCUUCGUUAUAUUCCCUUUCUCCUCUCUCGUUAUGUUAAUUGAUUGCAGACUUUAGCUUGCAGCCAAAUACAUUUCCCAAGUUUGAGGAAUUAUCUGGGGAACAAUCUCAGGGGAAACUGUUGGACCCUAAGUUUGCACAGAGGAAGGCGGAGCGGGGCAUUCAUGGCAUUUUCAGAAGAAAGGCGUUGUUUCUGUGUUGCUUCCUGAGUUGAAAACUUGAUCGCAGAUGACUGCAGAAAGCAUUGGGAAUGAUCUCAGAGGUUUUGGUUCACCACAGAAUCCCAUGAAAGUCAGAUGAUCAUGGACUUUUAAAAAUACUUUUCUACACAAGGAGGAAAGAGAGGAGGGACGCAGUUUUCUAACUGAAUGGUUCUCAUGUGCCUUUUCCACAGCUGUUGUUUUGAUAAAAGCAGUUGAGAUCUUUCCAGCCCAACAAUUUUGCAGUCCUCAGAAGUUUAUCAGAGUUUCUUGGUGACCAGAUGGGUAACAGUAGGGAACCUUUUUAUCGAAAUACAGCUUUCCCCUAAAACACAUCGUUAUAGUGUUGAAUAUGUACCGUAUUUUUUGCUCUAUAAGACGCACUUUUUCCCUCCUAAAAAGUAAGGGGAAGUGUGUACGCGUCUUAUGGGGCGAAUUUAGGCUGUGCGGCUAUCCCAGAAGCCAGAACAGCAAGAGGGUAUCCCAGAAGCCAGAUCCCUCUUGCUGUUCUGGCUUCUGGGAUUCAGAAUAUUUUUUUUCUUGUUUUCCUCCUCCAAAAACUAGGUGCGUCCUAUGGUCUGGUGCGUCUUAUAGAGCGAAAAAUACGGUACUUUGAGUAUGCAAAGCAGUGACCCAACAGCCCUGCCACACGAACUGAUUUAGAAGAGAACAUGGAACAUGUUGGAAGUCUUUAAGUCUAGGCAAAUCACAAACUAGGAAGCAGUGAGUGGACAAGCCAGGAAGUUGAAUGAAACCGGCUGCUGCUAGUUUGCAGUUUCUCCCUUUCAGUGCUCUUGACACUCCUCAGCAGACCAUCCCCUGUUGCUAUGGGUGAAAUCUCCAAAUCAUACCUGCAUCAAAACCAAAAUUGCUAUAUGUGCAAGGCUCUGAAGUUGCAAAGACGCCUCUCUUGCACCACCACCUGAAAUGAAAACGAAAACUUAACGUUGGUGGCAGUUGAUAGGCUAGCAGUCACUACGGGGCCAUUCCUGUGACAUAAUGAGAUACUGAUUAGCAGUCCUUACUGUGUUUAAUGUGUCAGGAUGCAUUGGAAAAGGGAGACACUGUAAUUUCUGGCUUAUUUUUAUUGUCCUUAUUUCUAUAGCUGUUUUCCAGUCUGUAAACGGGCAGUAUAACAGAGUCAGCCUCUUGUCUCUCCAUUUCUUAAUUGUACUCAGGGUGGAUAAAAAUCAAUGUGAUUUUUUUUAUUUAUUUAAAUCAGAUUUUUUAAAAAUUUAAAUCGGGGGUUUUUUUAUCUAAAUCAGAUUUUUUAAAUAAAAUGCUUUUGGAGGAAAAAUCUUUCUAAAGAUAGUUUUCUGUUUAAGUUACAUUAUAGUCCAAAGGCUGUUCAUCAGGAAAUAAGGAUUUGUUUUAAGUUUUUCCUGUGUGCUAAAACUCAGUCUAAGUUUUUUUAAAAAACAAACAAACGUUUAACCACAUCAGUUAACAAACAUGGAUACAUAUGCUAUAAUAUUACUGCUUUAGUUAAAUAAAUUGUUUAAAUUGUUAUUAAGGAAAUGAUUAUUUUUCUCCUUCCAAUAAAGUACAGCAGAAAAGUUGUCCAAAUAUAAACAGUUAUUAAACCUCUCAAUCAUUUCAUAAUUAUCUGUCUAUGCAUUUCUAAUAGUAUAACCAAAUCAGUAGUUUUUGAUAUAACUGUUAAAACUACUCUGAACAUUUAUUAUUAUUCCAAAAAUGAAACCUUCCUCUGGUUGUAAAUAUUAAGAUUAUACCAGCAAGAAUGAGUCUUUCUUUUUUUUUUAAAAAAAAGAUUUAAAUCAAGUCUUACUAACUAAUGAUUUAAAUCAAGUCUUGCUGACUCGUAAUUUAAAUCGAUUUCAUUUAAAUCAAAUCCACCCUGAUUGUACCUGUUGAUAUGCAAGCCACCUUUGGGCAUCCUUGGGAUGCAGUGAGGUAGCAUAUAUGGGACAGAAAUUCCAGCAGCCCUCAAGUAGUAAAGGUAAUGGGACCCCUGACCAUUAGGUCCAGGCGUGACCGACUCUGGGGUUGCGGCGCUUAUCUCGCUUUAUUGGCCGAGGGAGCCGGUGUACAGCUUCUGCGUCAUGUGACCAGCAUGACUAAGCUGCUUCUGGCGAACCAGAGCAGCACACGGAAACGCCGUUUACCUUCCCGCUGGAGCGGUACCUAUUUAUCUACUUGCACUUUGACGUGCUUUUGAACUGCGAAGUUGGCAGGAGCAGGGACCGAGCAAUGGGAGCUCACCCUGUUGCGGGGAUUUGAACCGCCAACCUUCUGAUUGGCAAGUCCUAGGCUCUGUGGUUUAACCCACAAUGCCACCCGCGUAUAUGGGACGAAAAUACCGGCAGCCCUCAAGUAGAGCUCAGUUUAAUUGAAAGGGGUGUGGGAAGAAGAGACUGAAGCUUGUCUGGCUAUCUGAAGUGGCUUCUUGAUAUGGGUGUAACUCUGCAUAAACCUAUUAAGUAACACUUUUACCCCGGUAGACUUGCAGGUAAAGGUAAAAGCAAACAAAAAGCAAACGAGUGGAUGCCAAAUUUACCACCAACUUGCAGAUUUUAUUCAUUCACGUUUUGUCUCUGAACUUUCAGGACCAUGAAGUCUCCCGGGAGAACUUUCAGCAGGAAGAGCUAGUGGACCAAAGGACCUCCUGCCGCUGUUGA